GAGAUGGGAAAGGGUGGUGCACAGGGGUUUUGCAUAAGAAUUGCCAGAAGAGGGCGGUAAUGCACCGUACACAAGAGUGCCAACUGCCGUUAAACUAGAAGAAGAAGAAGAAGAAGAAGAAGAGGGGGAGUGAACUUAUGGACAGCAGUCAUAUUUUGAAGAAAUUUAAUAUUUUCAUCCAAUUUUGAGCAGUUGCAGUUCGGCCGAAAGGUAAAAUAACCAGCAGAGCUUCAUUUUUGAUCAACAUUAACAUGUUAGCUGUCAGUGUGCUGCUAACUGUUGAAACUUUCUGAUAGUAGGUUUUGUAACCCAGCGCCUCCUGGACUGCUUGCAAGCUAGUUAGCUAUGCUAACCACCGUCAGCUAGCUGUUAGCAGAGUUCCUCAACGUUUGAGCGAUGUAGCCUUGAAAUAGCGACACAUUUGUUUGGCCUGCGCGGCAUUUUGUGUUUAAAAUUAACGUUAAAGUUCAUAUUUGUCUCCAAAAUAUGCUUUGAAGCUGUUGUCAGGUCUUUGACUUUCACAUAAACUUUGAUUUUGUCUGCACAUCCGUGAUGGCCACCAGUUUUUUGGGGAAGCCAUGAUCCAAUCAGAGUGAGUUAGAGAGACUGACAGCAAGUAAGCUAACAGUCAGAUAACUGAACAGGAAUACACAUGAAAUAACGAUAUAGCCCAACUAUAUAUCAUUUACCGCGUUAUAUAAACUAUAAACUUUUAUGGCAACUGUAUUUAAUCGUUAUUUGAUUUGUCUAGACAUCUGUAGACGAUGUAGAGAGAGAGACUGUUUUGACGGGUGUCUGACAGUAUUGACAUUUCCGCUACACUGAACCGGAGAUUGAUUAUUUUGUGACGCUUCCAGGCAAAAUAAAAAGUACUUUACGUUCAAGCGAGACGAGCAGGAUAUGCUGAUUACCUGCAUUCGGUCACGAGACUUAAAUAUUUGGUAAACCAGUGUUAUCGAGGCCACGCGGGUUGUCUCGUGCACAUAAGUUUUGUGAAUUAUAAAUAGUAAGGCAUGGCAAAGCAUGUCAUAUGAACAAGAUUGCAGUUUGGCAACAGAUUAGUCAAAAAUGCUUCAGACGAGGCUUCGUUUGAAGUAGGGAUUCACUUUAUUAGUCUUCCAGUAACAUUUUCAGAUUUUAUAGACAUGACAAGUAGGGCUGAGCGACAUGAGAAAAAGGUUAUCACAAUAUAUUUUUUUCACAUUAGUCGAUAUGGAUAUGUAUCACAAUAUUUAAAAAAAAGAAAGUUAACUGCUUAUUGGUAGCAUUUCUUUUGCUAUACAAUAAGCCACUGCGUCUGUGAGGUCUUUGUGUCUCUUUACGUUUUGUCGUAAGGCGUUGCGUUUAAGAAAGCAGACUGAAUGGUCGGCAAAGCGCAGCACAAACCCGGAGCAACUCCCCUUUUCUAUGGCUAUUUGUAUAGUCUACCAAAACAUGGUAGAAUGCCAGCUAUCAAAAAGCAUGUUGACCAUGUUUCACAUCAAUGUCGAGGGAAAUUAAUUUUUGAUAUUUAUUAUUAUCAUUUUAUCGUCCAGCCCUAGUGACAAGUCUACUUUAUAUUUUCUUUUGAAGGUGAAGUAGAUAGUGGUGGCAUACCUGAGUUUGUUGUACAACGUAUUUAGUCGAAUUCAUAAAUACACACAAGGGGAGCCAAACAGGGGAGCUUAAUAUUAGUGACACCUUUUUAACAUUUGCACACCGCCAACACCCACUACAGCCUCAACAAUGAAUGUGAAGAACAAUUAUCAUUGAACUCUCUGAACAGAAAUUGAGAAUUUGGAAGCUUCAUUAAAGCAAAUUGUAGAGCUGUUAAGUUGGUUUAUGUUAGAUUUCCCAGUGUUCAUAAUGUCACGGCUGGUUUGUGAAGGACACCAAGUCUCUCCUGUGGAAAUCAGGUGUUAUUGUUAUUGUGACACUUUAUUGUUUUAGAAGCAACAUGGAACAAGGUCUAAUAAAAUGAGUCAGGCAUACAUGAUAAAUGUGUUAAUUUCUAAUUUAGACACCCAGUAUUCUGAUUGCUGUCUGUUUCUGUCUCUUAGCUAAAGCUGUCUGGAGUCUUUCCAGCAGUUCAGUAGAUGUCCACCCCAUCUGACUCUUCAGGUGGUAUGUCUCAUCCUGGCCCUUCUCCAGGGGCAGGGCUGUCCCCAGGGCCCAUCUUGGGCCCUAGCCCUGGACCAGACCCCUCACCAAGCUCUGUUCACAGCAUGAUGGGACCCAGUCCUGGACCUGGAACACCCAAUGCACCUCACGGCAUGCAGGGCCAGGGACAAAGUGAUUACUCUCAGGACGCCAUGUAUUCUAUGCACAAGGUACAGUCUGUCAACUGUUGAAAAAGUCUUUUGAUGCCAAAUCUGCACAAGGAAAGUAUUGAAUUAGUGCUUUGAUAACUCUGGUGUCUACAACAGACUGAGUUGUUGCUAAUUAUUUUCACAGAGAAACUUGUGACAAGGGCAUGACAAAUAAAGUCAGCCGGAGCAAUAUCUCAGCUUUUAUAGGCUUACUAAAUGUAUCCCACUUAUGCAUAAAUAAAUACCAGAUUUUUUUUUUUUAACAGGACCAUGUAAAGAUUAAAGUUUCCUUUGUAUAAAAUGUUGAGGACAAGUAGUUUGUCCGUUUGGGCGAUUCUUGUCAUUGACACUUGAUUCUUUAAUCCAAAAAUGGUUCAGUAAAAGUAAGACAGUUUGAGGUCAAAAAGAUCCAAGUCCUUAUAGUCUGUCUAAAAACAGUGAGAGAUGUGGUUUUGCUCUAUGUAGGGGGUAAGAUUUCUCAUUUUAACAUUUCAGCGCAUUUUUCAGUCCUUUAGAUGUUUAUACCAGCGCAGCAAACAACUUAGAGCUACUGGGGAGAUCCAGUGUGUAUAACUCAUCAUGCUGUGUUUGUGCUUGUGUUUAGCCCAUGGAAGGGAUGAAUGAUAAGACCAUGGCAGAUGCGAUGCACUUCGGUCACAUGAAAGGUGUAGGGAUGAGAUCCCUACAUAGUGGGAUGGGGCCUCCACAGAGUCCCAUGGACCAGCACAGUCAAGGUAUUGUUUUACUUUAUAUGAUCAAAAUCCCUCUGAAUGUGUCAAGGUAAUUAUAAUUGUAUGACAGAAACUUUGUUUUUUUCCAUAACCAUGUACGUCCCUACUUAAUAUGUUUGAUUUACCUUAAACUCUUCUCUGUCUGCUGUAGGAUACAUGUCCCCCCAUCCUUCCCCCAUGAGUGUCCAUGAGCAUGCUUCUAGUCCCAUGUCAGGAGGAGGAGGAGGUGGUGGGGGACCCACUCCGCCCCACAUACCUCCCUCCCAGCCAGGCCCUAUGAUCCCCAUGGAUCCACAGGGAGCCAUGUCCAACAUGAGCCAGCAAGGACGAGGACCCUCUGCUUUUAGUCCGGUCCAGCUUCAGCAACUCAGAGCUCAGAUUCUGGCCUACAAAAUCCUGGGGCGUGGCCAACCCCUGCCUGAAAACCUCCAGCUGGCUGUUCAGGGCAAGAGGAGUCUUCCCACAAUGCAACAGCAGCAACAUCCACAUCAACAACAACAACAACAACAGCAGCAGCAGCAGCAGCAGCAGCAGCAACAACAGGCGCCCAGUGCAAGUCCUUACAACAGGCCUCACGGUAAGUGUCACAAAAGCAUUGUUCUUUUAUUACGUUUUCUUUUUAGUUUAUUGAAUUACUUGGGAUCACAGAGAGUUGUUUUGUCAAGGGAUUCUGAACUCAAGGUGUAUUAUAUUAAGGGUAGUUUCUUUGUGUGACUUUAUGAUCUGAUAAGACUGAUCCAAUCUCAGUUGACACUUCAAUACGAGCUCCAUGUCCUCCAUGAUACGAGUCAGGCCACCUGAACACACAGAUGCUUCAUCUUUCAGCGCUGCCAAGAUUUUGACCUGAGAGUUACCACACAUCUAACAUCACCUGACAGUUGACAUAGCCUGGCAUGGACAGUGCAGCAGCUUGCAUUGAAGAGACUGUGUAAUUUAGAUAUGAAUGGAGAUAAUUUUCAGCUGUCAAAACAAUUUUCACAGUAAAAUGCUGCCAGAAAUCGGCCAAUGUUUGGAAAUGUGAUAUCAGCCUUCAAGUGGCGUAAAACCCUUAAUAUUCUGAAAGCUGGGUAGUCUUUGUAGUCUCACAAGUGUGAUGAAUUUUUUUCACAAUGCAAGUGACGGCUUUAAAGAUGUCAAUGGCAUGCAAACCAGAAUCCGCUCGCCCACAAAUUUCUCUCUCAAGUCUUUUUUUUCUUCAUCAUUAAAUUAUAAUUUGUGGUGGAUUUAAGAUAGAGCAACAUAAGUUCCUUGAAGAUACGUAAGAAAAAAAUACCAGACACUUUGUUGUGAGCUUUGAAAUAAAGCAGUUUGCUUUCUCCACUGAACAAAGCCAAAUAAAUUUCUCUUUUCUUUACCUGACAUGAAGCUAUCGCCCUGUUUUGGAUUCCCUCUUGUCCGUUUUUCAGCUAAUAACCAAACAGGCUCACACAGUUUUGCAGUGCGGUUUUCAAAUACAGCAAAUUAAUUGUUAAAAUAUGAAUUUUUACUGCGUUGAAAGGUAUGCCAAUGGCACCCUUGGGUGGUCCCCAGUCAAGUCCCUGUCCUACUCCAGUCAUGCAAGGUCACAAUCAAAGCACAGGACCCAAGCCCUGGUCUGAUGGUAAGUCAGCAAAGUACUGAUUUAUAUGAAAGACCACACUGUUCAGAGUCGGGUCCUCUCCCACAGAGGCCACCAUCUUGCACCCCCUUGUUUCUGUGGUAGCACAGAUGAGCACAGAGUGUACUUACCGAUCCAUUUAUAGCAAUACAGCAUGUCAAAGAAAAAAAAUAAAAUUGUCACCCUGGUGCUGCUCCUCCUCCUUCUCCUCCUUAGUGGACACCUUACAUUUUAUUUUGUUGAGAUUUGGGGUUGUAGAUGAGGAGAAGAGGAGUAGUGUCAGUUUGUUGCAGUUUGAAAACUCACCGAUAGAUGCCACUGAAUCCUACAAAGUGCACCUGUGUGGACUGAAGCCACAGUGGACUUCAUUAGCUCUAAGUUACAAUACACCUUUUCAUUCAAUACAUCAGUUUCAGCACUCACUGGGACACACCCAGCUGUUUGAUGUAUAGUCUUACAUCAGAUUCUCUUUGAAAGGAGACCAAAAUGAAUUCCCUAAAGCUGCACGAGACCCUGUAAAAAGAUGCUGCAAUCAGAUGUUGAGAUCAAAUAUGGUGUAGCAGCUAAAGCUUUGAAGAGGCCUGUCUAUUUUCUUCCAUAAAGAAAAUACUCUUCUCCAAAACACAGUUUGCAUAUGUUACUGGCCAUCUAAAUGGACCCCUACUGAGAAAAAAAACAGUUUUUUUCUCAAAGAACAAAAGCACGUAGGAAGUCGGGCACGUUUGAUGAAGACAAACAUUCAACUCCCAGACAAGAAUAACAGAGACAAAACACAGUUUGAGUAAUCCUACAGGACAAAUUAGGAUGUUUAACAAAUGUUUCUGCACAAGAAAGCCUCCGUGGGAUAAAACAUCAAAGCCUACAAAUCUGAGCUUUGUCAAGAAUUUUUGUCAUUUCGCUAUUUUUGUGUCCUGCCUCUAUAUGGGGCGAAACUAUACUCUUUGAUAUUCUGGCUUUUGAAGUAAGCUUUGUCUCAACUCUUCUCUUUCUUAAAUUUAGAUCCAUUAGAAAAAAACGUGUUGUGAAAUGAUCUUAGCUUUCAUUACAUCUGAAGAAAUGAUCCUCCUCUUGAAAUUCCAUUUAACAUUCUAGUUGUCAGUAGCUCUGAAAGUAUUAACACCCAAUUGGACACAGACGAGUGACUGUAGGUGCAGGUAUCCGUCGGUGGUGAAGAGAAAAGCACUGAUGGCUGAUGGGUAAUCCUCUGUGAAUUCACCCAUUAACCCACAACUCUUUGGCCUUCAGGUCAGGGUGGUGAAAAUCAAGCCAACAUCCAGAAGCACCUCACCCCUGUCGCCAGCGGACGCCCGUCCCCUGCUCCCCCCCAGGCCUCUGCUGUGCCAGUUGGUCCCAUGCCGGGCAGCUCAGUGACCCCCCAGCCCCCCGGGCAGCAGGUGUCCCCCAUGCUUCAGAUGCAGCAGAAACAGAAUCGCAUCACGCCGAUCCAGAAGCCUCAGGGCUUGGACCCUGUGGGCAUCCUGCAGGAGAGAGAGUACAGGUAUUUGACUGAAAUACCCUUUAAAACUUUUCAAUGUUCAUGCAAGGCUGCAGCAACACAUUCAGCACAUUCAGUUAAUCCUGAAUCAUGUCUGGAGGACCUUCCUUAACAACCCUAAUUUAAUUUGGAUGAUGAAACUGCCUUGUAAAGCCAACAUACAAAUGGAUAUCAUUGUUAUUCAAUUUAGCUGAAUGUCAUUGUAGCAAUUUCAAAACAUACAAUCCUCCCCUCCUCUCCUUUGUUCAAAUCCAUUAAAAACCUGCAAUGGCAGCUGAUGACAUUAUGAGGGUCCAUUAGUGAACAGUAAAGCAAGGUUUGAAUUUCAAAUUGGGAUAAUAGUAUCAUCUGAGUUCUCCAAACAUAAGAGAAUAGUUAACUACAUCAGUUAUUGAAAGGUUAAAGCCGUAUUUCUCGUCUUUGUUUGACUAUAAUAUCAUACCUAAUGGUACCUCUUGGUAAAUGGAAGGAAAGAUUUCUAAUGGCAAAAUGAAUAAAUGAUACUGAUCGGCUCGAUAGCAGAGGGCACUCUGCCUUUAACUUAUGGCGACAAUUGUGGAGUUGAGGGUACAUCAUGUAAAGACAAACCUGUGCAGCCCAGCAAAGUAUUUGAAGUGGAUUUUGUUUUCUAAUUCUUUGAAAUUGCCCUCUGCUGUGGAUAAACCUGUGGAGGGGACUUUCUGUCUGGACUGUUUGUGUACACACUAUGAGUGCUGUCACCUCUAGGCCUGCACCUACUGAUUAUUUUGACAGUUGGCUGGUCUUUAAUUAGUGAAAUAAUUAUUUGACUGAUUGCAUAUUGAAUUGCAUAAUAGUUUCAAGGCUCUUACCAUAGCAACCAGCUCACCGGUUUAACAUUACUCUUUUAAUCGUUCAACAUCCCAUUUAAAAUUUCAAUUCAUGUAUGACUAAUGAUUCCAUUUGAAUGUGUAACGUGGCAAAAGUUCAUUCUCGUCCUCUCUCUCCACAAAAAAUGAAGAUGGAGUGUGAUUAGGUGAAGGACUAAACAUGUAAAACUCGCCCAGCGUGGCUCUGACCGAGGAUUGUGUCGACGAAUGUCACCGUGCUUUUUUUCUCAAACGUCCACACUUUACUGAUGUGCUCUUAUGAAAAGCAUGUUCUGUUAACGGAUCUUUCAGGCAGCUCUAUUCUUUGCAGUAUUGAGUCAAACGCUUCAGAGAUAUUUCCAUGCAUUGGUGUUGAAUUGGCUGCGCUGUAUUUGCCACUUCUUUGACGUUCUUUCUCCAAUAUCACACACAGCUCAUAUAGUAAGGGUGCGAGAUGUCUCACUCCCUGCAAUUCAACUCCAGAAAAUAAUCGUAUAUGGUUCAUGUUUUCUCUCUGCACAUGUUCUCAUGUUAUGAGGUCUGUCAUUGACUCUUAAUGAGCUCAAUAGUGAGGCAAAACAAUAUCAUUUAAGAACCAACUAGAGAGGCAGAAGAAAGCGUGAAAAGUGGUCCCAUCUAUUCAGGCUGAUGUGAGAGAGAUUGCCUCAAUAAUGUGAGGAGCGUUUGGUGUUGAAGACGAGAUGGUCACUGGUAAAAGUGUCACUGUGAAUACACAAUCACAAUUGUCUGCCGUUGUUCUGUGAUAAGAACCCGCAGGUGUUUUCAUCAGUGAAAUCUUAGACACCUGAUAGAGGUAUGAUGAAGUCCCACAGGCCCUGAUCUUGCUCCAGCCCUCAGACUUGUUUUUAUUUUCUAUAUAAAACUUGGAGGCCGUUGUUUUGAUGUGCUGGUUCUCAUUUACUUAGAUCAUCCUUGUCUGCCUGCUUUUGGCCUGGGAGUGUUUAGGGACCAGAGAGAGCUGACCUCUGUUCACCCUGUCAGUCCAAUUAAAACAUCUGAAUGUACUGGACCCUUGGUGAAACUACAAUACAGUGAUUUAGUCAUAAAUAUACAACGACCUCUGACAGCUGUAGAAAUCAAUAAAAAGCGCUUGUUGCUGAGCUCCCUUGGGUUAUUAUCAUUGGUGAGAAUCUGAAUGUGAGCUUUUUAAGAUUCUUUGCACGGGCUUUCCUGCCUCUGAUGGUCAACCCUCAAAAAACUGGAAGAGUACUUUGACUUUUUCACAAACUGGAACUUUGACUGGGGCUGAAGUCGUCACAAAUGUUCUGUGUGCCAUAGAUUUCAGUGGUAUUUCCUUUGAAAGAGAGUAAAUGUUAAAAAAAGGUUUAAAACUCAAUUAAAUGAUGACCUUUUGGAGGCUAACUUGAAGGUCUGUUUUCCUGCUGACAUUUUGACUUUUUGUACAAUUUAUCAAAACAAUUAAUCAAUAAAUAAGCACUUUUGAAGUGGAGUUCUUUUCCGCUGAAAGUUCAAGUGAUACAUAAGGCCCUCUCCAUAGUUAAAUUUUAUAUCAUGGCCCCCUGGCUCCCUGCUUUUUCCUUGUCGGCUGCUUUGUCGUCCUGUUAAAGGAAAAAACUUCCCCCAGAAAUCACUGCUCCAGACUGUCACUGGAAAAGUAAAGAACCGUGUUUGUCUAAAACCUGAGUAGCUGUUUGACUGCUUAUAAUUAUCUAUUUAUAGUCACAAAGUAUGGCUAAUCAAAGGCAGGGGAUGAUGAGGAGGUCCUGACAUCCAGACUGCUGAGGUUGAUGUUUACUACUUAUGAGUACGAUCCAGGGCUGCAUUCAUUUAUUAUUUAUAUCUUUAUAAUAUUUCCUAGAUUGCAGGCUCGGAUUGCACAUCGAAUCCAGGAGCUGGAGAGUUUGCCGGGGUCCCUGCCCCCUGACCUGAGGACCAAGGCCACAGUGGAGCUCAAGGCACUGCGUCUGCUAAACUUCCAGCGUCAGGUACGCAGCAGUGUCAGGUUAAAUGUGACCGUACAGAAUAGGCAGAAUGGCUUACAGAGAAAUUUAACUUGUAAAAUUUGUAUUGUGUGAAGUCAUGCAAACAUAAAAUCUUGAAAUUAAGUUAGUUAUAAGUUAUAUUUAGACUGCUUGAUGAACAGAGCUGUGGGAGUUGGUUCCUGUAGUUUAAUUGCAUUUUAAACAUGUACGAAAUGACUAAAUGCAAACAUAUGACACCAGAAUUGAUGGAUAACAUUUUUCAGUUUUUUGCCACAGCAAAAAAAAGAGAUUAAGAUUUUUUAAGGCAGCGAAAGGUUGUUUUUUUUUUUUGUUUUUUUUUUUUCACUGGUUGAGAAACAGACUGGAACUGAUUGUGUGCUUCUGAUGCCUCUGUACAGUAUGUCAUCCAAAAGCAAACAAAACCAUCAGUAAUGGCAAUGACAAUUUCUUAAAGCCUGAAACCACACUGAUAGACAGCAGGCUGAAAAAUUGUGUUUUUACUUCCCUUUUGGCAAAUAAUCACUUUUUUAUUACUCACAGAGAGUGAUAAAUUUCAUUGUUGGAAAAAAAACAGACACUACUAAACAGAAAUGUGCAGGACAAGAGAUUAGAGGUAUCACUUUGUCCACAGGGGCAUCAAAUUUGACACUUACUGAAAUGUCCUUAAUAAGUCUUAAUAAAUAGCAAUCAUGUUUCAUAAAAGCUCUGCUCACCUAAAAGUAUGAAAUACUCGUAAACGUGACCAGAUCUGUAUCUUUACCUGCUGUAUCUUUAGCUGAGACAAGACGUGGUGGCGUGCAUGAGACGAGACACGACCCUGGAGACGGCUCUCAACUCAAAGGCUUAUAGACGCAGCAAGCGGCAGACACUCAGAGAGGCACGCAUGACCGAGAAGCUGGAGAAACAGCAGAAGCUGGAGCAGGAGAAGAAGCGCAGACAGAAACAUCAGGUAUUAGAGUUGGUGUGAAAAGAAUCCAGUCCAGUGUAGUUUUUUAAUGUUUAGAUGAUGUCAAACUUUGGACAGUGUGUGAAAAGUGGACUGAACUACUUUGAAGCCACCCUCAUGUUUGUUGAAUACUGUCAUCUAUCCUUGUUAAAAGACUGCUGUGGCACUUGGAAGAUAGUUACACCUUAAAGCAUGAUCUUCUUCAUCUGUCUAGAGCAGUGGUUCUCAAUCCAGUCCUCGAGCCCCCCCUGUCCUGCAUAUUUUGUAUGUUUCCCUGCUCCAACACACCUGAUUCAAAUGAUCAGCUCGUUAUCAAGUUCUGUAAUGGCUUAAUAACGAGCUAAUCAUUUGAAUCAGGUGUGUUGGAGCAGGGAAACAUCCAAAACAUGUAGGACAGUGGGGGCUCGAGGACUGGAUUGAGAACCACUGGUCUAGAGGGAACCCAGCGGAGGUGCAUCCGCUUCACUUCUCAGACCCCUGAACAACAUCCACUAUUAUUUAUGUUCAGUCUUUUUAUCUACAGCAGCAUGGUUUCCCAGCAGGUGAAACUCCUUGCUGUUGCUCCAGUUUUCCUUUAAAUAACCUGGAAACACAACCGUCAAUCAUGAUUACAUUGAGCUGAUAUUUUCUCCGAGUUUCAGCAGGAGAAGUUAAGCUGAAGUGACAGUGAAAACACAAAAACAGACAUCAGGAGGGUUUUUUUUGAUGGUGGGCAAACACAGUCAAAACUAAAUUUAACAAUGUCAGCCUGCAUCAAACGCUUUCUGCGCUGAAAUAAAUAAUUUUGAAGUGGAGUCUGAGAACACAGCACUUUGUUAUUCUUCCUUGUUUGCCUUGCUGUCAGGAUAAUAUUUAUCCCUCAACUACUUUCAUGACCUGUUUUUCAGGAAUAUCUCAACAGCAUCUUACAGCAUGCUAAAGACUUCAAAGAGUACCACCGCUCAGUGUCGGGUAAAAUACAGAAACUCACCAGAGCUAUCGCCAACUGGCACACCAACACCGAGCGAGAGCAGAAGAAGGAGACGGAGAGGAUCGAGAAGGAGAGGAUGAGAAGGCUGAUGGUGAGGAUCCAAGAGUCAAAAUGCAUAUGUUCUCACCCAUGUGUUCAGUUUCACCCUUACAUUUAACCGAGCCUUUUGUCACAAUAAAGUUGCCAUCGUAGGAAGUUACAUGAAGGAGUUGUUGAGUAUGCAGAGAUUAAAGACACAGCAAAGUUUGCAAACAUUAAAUAUAUAAAUAAAUCAGAGGUAAGAGUUUACAGCUUCAAAGAACUCCUUAUAUUUCAUACAGAUUUAUUAAUGUGUCUCUUUCAGCAGCAUACUGCCUUUGAAGUAACACAAUACCCUGUUUGCACCAAAAUAGGGGUGCGCCAGUCUUUCAAUGCAGAUGGCGGGAACGGGCUGAUAAAAGGCAUUCUUAAUCUUGUUUUUUGUUUUUGUAUUCUGAAUCACAUACGCUCACACACAUUUAUGCAGCUUUCAUCUGUUACAUAAAUCCAAGUGUGAUCCGUCUUCUCAGAUUUUUACAAUAUCAAAAAAAGAAACACAGAAGUCAGAAGAUGAAGUGCUUUUCUAAUUCUUAAAUGAAUACAAACAUGCAUACUAGGGCUGAAAUGAUUCCUUGAGUACCUCGGAUACCUCGAUGACAAAAAAUGAUCGAGGAAUUUUCUCUGCCUCAAGUACUCGUUUAUAAGCUCGAAUUGUCAUUGUUUUGCACGGAUUCUCAAGGUGACACAGUGAGAAGUAAGCGGUUUUGCAAAGCGAAAAAAGUUAAUGAAGAGAGGGGCUUUUCUUCUGCAGAGCUCCAGUAGCUCAUUAGCAAUUCUCCUCUAAGUUGCGAGCUGAGACAGCGUUGCUCUGCACACUCCUCUUCACGCUAGCUUGUAGCCUAACAUUGCCGAUAUGGUAGAAGAAGCAGGUAACAUAGGAGCUAUUCAGCUCUUGGGCACUACUGUCUUUGGGGACAUGAUGAAAGCUAAUAUCAUAAUUAGCUUUCUUAUGAACAUUGCAAUCCGCUACCGCACACGCUUGUUCCGCGUUCCUUGUUUCUGAAAGGAAACCAAUUGAUUGUUCAAUAUUAAGUUAAAUGUCUUAUUUUCUCUUGUAUAUAAAUAAUUGCACUUUAAAAAAAAAAAAAAACUAUCCAAUUAGGCAAUUAAUCGAUGGAAUAUUCAGUAGAAUACUUGAUGACUAAAACAUUCGAUAGCUGCAGCCCUAAUGUAUACACACAGGUAGGGGUGUGAAAUAUGAGGUAUACCAUGUAUCACUAGAUCACCAUGCAUGCAUAAAGAGAACACAUAUGAAGCAAAUAUUGUUAAUUACAAUUAUCAGCAAAAUCCCUCAAAAUAUAGGGAUAUUGAUUAUUGCCAAUAUUACCCACCCCUAUAGAAUUUAAACCAGAGAACAGAGUUUUGUGGAUAUAAAUGACCCAGCUCCUCAUCGCUGUUUUUCCAUAAUAAAGAUUUCAUCAGUGAUAUCAUACCAGUCUCCUGCAGGGGGAUGUUAUUGUUAUUGCUUUCCUGAUUGCCAUGCUCCCAAUCAAAACUGACAUUUGUACCAAAAACAUUCCUCCAUACUUUGUGCAUUUUACACCAGAAAGUGUUUCUUAUGACAUCGUUAAAGGGGGUUGUGAUGAUUGGCUCGCUGUGAGCGGCAGUUCUUGCAGCAGCUGAAACAGCCUGAGCACAGGUGUUCAAAAACAUCUAAUGAGAGAGACUCUUCCUACUGAACAGUCUCCAUGAAGUGGAGCUUGUUAUUUUCCAUUAAAACUCACAGUACUUUCCUCAGCCUCCACACAUACACAUAUAUUAAAGAAUCAUUGUUUAUUUUCAGUGAAACACCAUCACAUAAGGUUUGACUGGACAUUAUUAUUGGUUUGAUACUUUAAAACUGCUGUGAUAAAACUUGAAAUUGAGAUACAGUUUGUGAAUUUUAUCUGUUCAUUUUUUAGAGAACACAAAGGUCUGAGCCCAGGUACAGCUUGAAGGACUUUUUUUGGAUACUCUACUUUAUCAUUAAAAUAGAAAGCAAUAGAGAGGCAAGAGGAAAAUAGGACAAAGCAGCUACACCUGUCGUUAACCGUCACAAGGUUGGUAGAAGUUGCUGUAUGGAAAGGUUACAGGGCAUUGCAGGGUCUGUCAAAUGUCCUGUUUGACUGAUUCAGACCUUGACAAAAAACAGCUCCUCUGGGUCAUUUCUUUACAAGCUCACCAGCUCUGCUUUUCUAAAAAGUGCUUUUUUAAAAUUUUUAAUUCAAUCUUAACUUUACCAGGAAUAUUCCCAUUGAGGCACAAACUUUCUCUCACAAGAGAGUCCUGGCCAAGACAGCAGCCAAAGAGUUUUCAUACCUAAAGACACAGGUUCAUAUCAGAAAAAAAAGGUUUCUGUACAUACAAUGCAACUCUAAUUUUACAGUUGAAAUUGUGCCUUAGAUUUUCAUUUGAUAAAUGACGUAUAGACCAACAAGCUUUAAAAGAAUGUUAAAAAAAUGGAGGAAGAGUCGACACAAUAUUUUUGCAGAAAAUUAAUUUAAAACAAUCAUUAACCUCCUGUUUUCUUCCUAUCCCUCAGGCUGAGGAUGAGGAAGGCUACCGAAAACUUAUCGACCAAAAGAAAGACAAGCGUCUGGCCUACUUGCUGCAGCAGACAGACGAGUAUGUGGCUAACCUCACCGCUCUUGUGUAUGAACACAAAGCCGCCCAGGCUGCCAAGGAGAAGAAGAGGCGGAAGAAGAAGAAGAAGGAGAAGGUAGGCCAAGAAACAGCGGUGUCUAUUCAAAGGAUUUGCUUAAGUUAAUGGAUGUCAGGUUUGUAUUCUGCUAGUUUCUAAAAGCAAAAUUUAUCUCCAAGGUCGGGUCUUUAUCUCGCUGGUUCUUUCUGUACUUCUGUUGAAUAAAAAAUUACAUGAAGCAUGCAGAAAGGACACUGUUGUUAGACCUCCUCUCAAUGCUGUCUCAGUGCCUUUUUUAUCCUGUGUUUUGCAUGCAGCUUCAAACAUUAUCUUUCCUUGCAAGACCUACAUUUACAGUUUGUCUUUUUGAGCUAUGAAAACAGAAAAUUGUUGUAGAUUUCUGCUCCAAAAUCAGGCAAACAUUUUACUGAACAAUGAGUGUAUCUCCAGUCUGAUCCUAUCUAGAAAAAAAGUGACCGUAGUGAUGUGAAUCACACCUCAUAAUCAUCAUGAUCUCAAGGUCGAUUAUGUUGCUUAUCAAAAAUGUGAAAGCGCUUUUGUCAAGGCUCACACAUCUCUCCCUUCAUAAAUUUAGCAAUAAAAGGGUCUCAGACUCACAGUGACAAGUGACAUGGUGGGCUGAGAGCUGACACCACCUUACCUAAUUUCACACCUCUUGUCGAGGGCGCAGGACUAAUCAGUGAACCAGCACCUGCAGCGAUCCCUGACUGAUCCUGAUUAUGUGUCACCAUAGCUGAGCGUAUGUUCAGAUGAUUUUGUAAAAAGAAAAAUAAUGUCAGCAGCAUCACAAAGAUAAACACAGAGUAUCUCACAUGACUCAAAUAGUCUGUUUGAGAAUUUGAAUCGUGAUUCUGAGCAGAAAAUAGAGAAAAUGAUCAGACGCAACCUUAACCUUCAUAGAGCCACCAUCAGUGAGAAAUGCUGGUGUUACCUCUCUGUAGAUAACAGAGCUUCAAGUUAACAUGACAAUCAAAUGCAUACUUAGUGGUUGUAUGUCUCUGUGUUUGAUAAGCAGAAGGUGGAUGGGGAUGGAGAAGGCACCAGCGCCAUCGGACCUGAUGGAGAGGUGAGUUGCUUUGUUUCGUUUGCUCUUUUUAUUUUUAUUGUGAGUGAUUUCAACAAGUUUCCCCUUUGGUGAUACUUUGUGAAAUCACUGAUACCAAUUCAAAGUGAAGGGAUCUUGAAUUGAAUGUUAUAACGUAAAGAAGCUCGGAAGUAAAAGAGUCCUCAUAGAAAAUAGCAGGACAAAUUCUAGUGAUAGAAAUCUUUCGUUUGGCCUUUGUACUCAUGAUGUACAGACCUAACGUCUUUGCAGCAACACUUGGUUACAAUGACUCCUUGAGUCACUUUCCUCCUGGUUCACUAGGCAAAUGUAGGGGUGUCCUGAUACGAUAUUGAUAUCUAAUAUUGGUCCGAUAUCAGCAAAAACAAAAACGACUAUCAGAUUAUAUCGGCCUGCAUCUAAAAUCUCAGAUACCAGCACUAUGAUACAAACAGUCCAUUCCAGACUCCGCUUUGGCAACUCUAUCUAGCAGUGCACUGAUCCAGCAAGCUGAGCCCACAAAAUCACAACAACAGUGUGUACUAAGGUACAGAUUUAUGUGACAGAUAGGUGUUGGUACCUGCAGGGCAUUUCUGCCUGACGCACCUCCGACGGUGCCUAGACUCCAACUGCAGGGUUGCGGCUGAGAGCCAUCCUGGCCUCGCCCCUCUCCAGGUAGUGACCCUAGACUCUGCAUGGCAGGGGCGUCCUCCUCCCUGAGCCAGGCUUGCACCUGACCGCAUACCUGAUGGUUGGGAAGCGAAGGUUGAAACCUCAUGGGCCGCUUCCAUCGGGCCCACUUCAGCCAGUACAGAAGUACCAGCUGCAGGGUCAUCAGCUAGGAGCCAUCCUUCACUGAUGUUUCGCCCCUUUGAUCACCAGAACAUCUCAGGAUGGUGGGGCAGCGGUCAGGGACGUCUCCCCGCCACUCCCUGCAGCUGGACUUCGGCACUCAGGCUUACUGUGUGGCAUCUCGAUUCCCCCAACUCCUGUCUUUUCUUCUCAGCCAGAGCCAGAAACUUCCCUUUUCUGCUUCCUCUGAGAGAUCCUGUAGGACCUUCCUGGCCUUUGCUGCUGUGAAGCCGAUGUCCCUCAGGAAGCGGUUUGUUGAGAGGCCAGCAUAGCCGCGGCAGCCAACUUCAACUGGAUAGGUUGAUGCUCUCCAGCCUUUCUCUUCACAUUCUGCCACCAACUCUGCAUAACGGGCCAUUUUCCUCUCAUACGCUUCCUGGAUGUUCUGCUCCCAAGGGACCGUCAACUCGACUAACAGGACUCGCUUCUCAGUUGAGGACCACAGGACGAUGUCGGGUCUCAGUGUGGUGGUGGUGAUGUCGAAUGGAAAGCGUAGCUGCUUGUCAAGGUCAGCUCUCAUUGACCAGUCUUUGCCUGGAGUCAGGACCGCUGCUCUGUCUGCUUUAGGGCAGUUUUUCUUGGCUUGUCCCGCUGUUACAAACUGGACCAGCUGCCUCUGUUGGGAUGUUGUCUUCUCAUUGGCCAGGACUCUCAUGUUCUCUGUGUGCUCCGCCAACUUUCUUAGCACCUGGUCAUGACGCCAUGUGUAUCGGCCCUGGGCCAAGGCUGUUGGACAGCCGCACAAGAUGUGGCGAAGAUUUCCCUUGCCUGUUUCGCAGAGGCUACAGUUGUCCUCAGAUCCAUACCACUGUGCCAGGUUCGUUGGGCUAGGAAGAGUGUCAUAUGUGGCUCUGAUUAGAAAGCUCAGUCUUGCCUGAGGCAUCUUCCACAGGUCGUUCCAUUUUACUGACCUUGGUAGGAAGCCCUCCCACUUUGUCCACUGACCUUGCUGGCAUUGGCCAAUAGACUUGGCAAAGAACCUGUCUUCCUCCAUCCUUGUCACCUCUGUGACCACUAGCUGUUUCCUUUCUUUCAAGGAUGCCUUUGACCACAUCUUUUGUGGCUCUCCCCAGCCCAGGCCACGCCUUCCUUGCUGUGUUCUUCCGACAAGCUCUUGAUGUUUCAAUCUGGAGAUUGCAUCGUCCACACACUCCUCUGCCUUCCAUGCUCGGCCUGUCCGGAUCUUAGCCCCAGCAUUUCUGACCAGAUGGUCACUUGACUGUCGGAGUUCCAGCACCAGCCUUGACUUCUCCAGCCUAUAACCAGUUGAGAUGUUCUUCACUGGUAGCUGCAGUGCAUUUCUUCCAAACAGCGCUGCAUCGGAGAGGCAUCUUGGGAGCCCAAGCCAUUUUUUGAUGUAGUUGUUGGCCUUGGCAUCCAGCUUCGUGACUGUUGUUGCCGUUAUCUCACACAUCUUUAGGGGCCACAUCACCCGCUGGUAUAGUGUGAAUUGAUAACACCAGACUACUAACAAAGUAGCAAGGAGUAAGAGUGAUGUUGGCCUUGUGGCGGUAUUUUUUGUUGAAGUCCAAAAAAGACAUUGCAGCUGAGUGAAAAACUUGUUAUGCACAAUUUUGUGCCACCAUCGGAUCAAUAUCGGUCAGUAUUGAAGGCUACAAUAUUGGUAUUGUAUCGGAAGUCAAACAGUUGUAUCGGGACACCCCUAGUUAGAUAAGUGUACAGUUUGGGUUGAGCCAUUGUGUCAAUGAAACAAGUUCAGUCUAAACAUUCACUGUGUGGGUGGAGGGAUGACAUUGUUGAAUCUUGUUCUGUACUUUUCACCUCACUUGCCUUCAAAGUUUUUUCCAACUGUUGUGUUUGUGUUAGAAAAAAGUCCUCAUCCAUGUUUUUGUCGUGAAAGGGGUUACUGAGGGAUGAAGUUUCCCCAUGGUUCGGUCUUUUGUUAAAUUCCUCCAUUUGCUUUCUCUAUUUUAAUUUGAAAAGCUUGUAAAUAAAAUCCUCAGAAGGCUUCUGGCUUUGUUUAUAAUAAUGAGAGACUAUCGCAGGGGCUUCAGCAGAUGGCUCCUGAGCUGCUGGUGGGCACUGAGGCAUCAGUGCCCAACAUUUUAUCCCUUCCAGUAAUUGCUGAAAUAAAUCAAACAUUCUUGUUAGCAGGUCUGCACAAUAGAUCAUACUUUUGUCUUUCUUGAAUAUAAUCAAUUGCAGCUGACACAAUGCAGGACACUUAAUUUAUUUCAACAAUUUAGAAAUGAUUUAAGAUGUUCAAUAUAUUUUGUGUAGAAUUUUUGAGGGAAAAAAGACAUUUAAUCCAUUUUGGAAUAAGGCUGUAACAUUACAAAAUGUGGAAAAAGUGAAGUGGUAUGAAUACUUUCUGGAUGCACUGUAUGUGAGUCUUUCCAUAUCCUAUAUCUCCUCAACCGUGUCAGACCAGUUCCUCAGAGUGGGAGAGCCUUCACUACACCAUUUCCUUGUGAUUGCCUUCUUGGUCGCAGCCAGAAGUAUUUUGACCAGAUAAUUGUCCUCACAUUGUACAUUUUCCCUUGUCAGGUUACAUAGAUCGAACACCUCAAAUGACAUUGGUAGUUUAUAUCCCAGUAUUUUCCCAAGUUAAACCUUUACAUCAUUCCAGUAUUUUUUACCUUAGUACAUUCCCAAAAAAUAUGAGUAUGACCUGCUUUCUGCUCCCCACACUGUCUCCAGUAUGCUUGUUGUAUGGAUAAGACUUUGUUUUUAAUUUCAGGAGUAAUAAAGAAUCUUACUAUAAUUAUACAGCAGAAUUCUUUCUACAUCCUGGGGCUUGUGGUGGUUUGUUGUUUAUCAGAUACGUUAUACCAGUCCUCUGCACGCUCAUAUUUAAAGUGUCACUUUUUUCCACUGCCGUAAUUAUCCGCAGAAAUUUCACAUCUGCCAAACCCAGUAAUUCACUUUUAAAGCCAUCAUCUGCUCAUACUGAUGCUACGCUGAUAACAUCUUGCAGUUUGAUGAAGUCAAAUGAAGACUUCGCCAGCUGUCAGGAAAGCUCAGAUUAAUUGGUGAUAAUUAAGAGAUGAAAGAACAGCUUUCUUAAUGUGUUUGGAUUCAGUAAAAACAUGUUACUGAGACAAGUCAUGUGUAAAAAUAUCUCAUAUCUCAUUUAUUAUUGGGCAGGCCAAGUGUCUGAUUACCUGGUAAAGGGGCUAAAGCAGGUGUGAAGUUUUGUCAGAGGAAAAAGUUAUUACAAACAUUUUGCAGCCCCACUCUGUUAGCAUACGAAGUCAAUGAACACCAACAUUAAUCUGACACUAAUUGUUGGCUUAACCAUUGAAUUUCCCUUCAGAGAGAAAUAAGGGUCUUCUUAUUCUUCUUCUUAUUGAUAUUCAUAUCUAAUUCCAUUACAGAAUCCUUUCAGUGGAAAUACAACAAACAGCCACUUUAAUGGGAUUAGAUUAUUAUUAAAAACCUUGAACAGAUGUCCUCUAAACUUUAAUUUUGAUAACUUUCUGAGACUUGGACUGAGUGAAGUGAAUUGAUUUCUUUAUAAUCAAAGCUUUUUUGCCUCCGUUGUGAGUUCUCUGACAGAUAUUGUCUCAGUUUAAGUGGCUCCAUAUGAAUCUGUAUUGAUGAGAGAGAGUGGCACAAAUCAAUGCUCCAACAGAGAUUUGUGAUUUGAAGCGCUAUUCAUUUUAGAUAAACUUCAUUUAAGUUUCAAUCACCUUUUAACUUGCUGUUUUGUUUUCUUUCCCCCCUGCUGUUCCUGUAACAUUGUUUUCAAAAACAAAUGAAAACUGUCCCUGUUAUUAACUCACCACUAAAUGAUAGAUAGAAGGAGGCUGCUUUCCAGCACAGUGGACCAUUUAGUAGCGAUGGAGACAGAUGUUUACCCCAGGAGCUGAUGUUGUACAAAUGUUGUAUUUACUCUCAUCUGCUGGGCAGGAACAGGACUUCAAAUGGAGGAUAAUUUUACUCCUUAAUUACUUAAUCCAUCUGUCACCAGAAUUGCCAUUCCACCUUAAAAGGUGAUGACAUGCUGUGUUCACAGGCUCCUACUACUGUCCCGCAGUGGGCAACAGUUAUACAAUGACACAUUCAUACCUUUUUACAGAUGGAUCUCAGUCGCUAAUUGCUCUUCAUCAUCUGGGGAUAUUUAACCACCCAGUGAAUGUUGUUAUGGUGAUAAUUAUUGCUCUGCUGCUGUGAGACCAAACCUGCACUGUACCUCAGUCUCCAGACAGGCUCAAACAAAGAUGAAAAAAUAUUUUGAACAUUGGAUGAAAUAGACGGCAAUUAUCGUGUCUGCUGCAUACUUUUUCCAGAAAGAAAGCUAAACCGACACUGAUUGAAACCCUGUAACUGAAGAGUCAGAAAUCGGCAGAAAACUGCCUUUUCAAUGUCCAGAUUUCUCUGCAAUCAUCCAUCAAUCAUGGUUUCAUCAACACGGUAUUGGGUUUUUUCCAUAGACUGUUUAUAAAUGGACAGAUUCUGCCUCCUCGCUGGGUGAAGCCACUCUGAGAACAGCACCCUCUGUUGAUGGGCGGCAGUAUAGGUUAUAAAUCCCACCUCCGCCAGCAAAGCUUAUGGAGCUGUGGACAAACUUUAGAAAUGUAUUACACAGAAUAUAAAUUUUUCUCCCCCCUGCUUGUGAUGUUGACAUGUAGUUACUGUAAGACUGGUUUGUUCUCAAGUCCUCUUUUCUGUGAAGCUCCAUUUUUAAAAGUUAUUUGGGGUUCAUGUUUUCUAUGAUUGACACCUGAUACAGCCUAUAGGCGUUCAGGGAUUGUGUAGCUCACCCGGGGGAUACGCUGUUUGAGCUGAGCGUCAUCACUGUGACUCUUGGUGACUGCGCGGCCAAAUGCACGCAUCGCUACUGCGCACCGCUGGUUUCAGGAAAUGAAGAAAAAUCCCGGAAAUAUCGAGAGCUUUUUGGCUUCAAAUCCGUAUACAGGCGGGAGGCGGAACCAAGUUGUCCAGAGUAUCAUAGUAUAUACAGUCUAUGGUUUUUUCCAUUAGAUGAUGAAGUAAUCAAGAAAGAAUAAUAUAUUCAGAGCCUAAAGACACGUGUUCAUACUGAUAAGGCUUUUGAGUCAGUCCACCAUAAAUGAGCUCAGGAGUCUGAAGACAGCAGAGCAAAGUAAAUAGAUGACAAACCCCUGGCUUAAUGUUUGAAUCAGUGUCACUUGUGAUUAGAAACAGAUGAACAUCCCCACUUAUAUUUACAGUAUUUCUGUUCUGCAGAACUUCUCUUGUUAAUGCGUUGUAAUAGUCCACCUCUUAAGAGACGCCUUUUGUCUGUUUGCAGAUGUAAAAGCAAAUUAUCAUCCUCAUCCAGAUUCGCAGCGAUGUUUAAGUUCUACCUCCUUUGACUAUUAAACCCCUGUGCCAUAGCUUGAACCUCAAAUGCUUUAUGGUACAUGUAAUGAGGAGUUAAAUACUCAAUUAGAUUACAGUGUUGAAUCUGUUUGUGUUAGCUGUACCGACAUGAUUUCAGUUUUAUCAAUCCACUCGUCUCUCUUUUGGGUGUUUGUUUGCCCUGCAGCCCAUGGAUGAUAGCAGCCAAAUGAGCGAGCUGCCGGUCAAAGUGAUCCAGACCGAGACUGGGAAAGUCCUGCAGGGAACGGACGCCCCCAAAUCCAGCCAGCUGGAGGCCUGGCUUGAGAUGAACCCGGGGUAAUAAUGCACACCUCUGUAUAAACCUAUUGACCUCUGACCUUUGUUUUUUUCUUCUCUAGGAGAGGCUGAACAGAAUUUGGGUGCAAAUGCAAACAGACAAACAUUGGGAGAACACUUCAAAGAAUCAGAGUGAAAACACACAAAGACACAGGGUUACAUAGCUGGGCUGAAAAGCUCUUUUAUUUCUAUUGAAAUAGUACUCUGCAGGUACAUAAUUAAGAGUCCCCAACUCAAAAGCAAAAAUAUAGAAACAAACAAACAAACUAGAAGAGCUUUGAGCGUAUGAGGUAAUUGGCAUAAUUGAUUUCGUUCAUUGGCAGCCCUUUUGUCACACACAGGGUCUUUUCUGAUUUGUUGUGUCUUCAAAUCUUUUGCUUGGGGACUCUUUCCAAUUGUCUGGUGAUUUAUUAAUUGAAUUAAUUUGUUGUCCCGUAGCUGCUGCUUGUUGAUGCUGCUGAAGUCGUGUAUUCUGUGUAAUUGUUCUUUUUCCGCUUGUUUUCCUCUUUUAAUAACCAGGUAUGAAGUGGCCCCCCGGUCAGACAGCGAGGAGAGCGGCUCAGAGUACGAGGAGGAGGUCAGUGACUUUCUCAUUAAUGAACUCCCACACAGGUGGCUUUUCUCCCCGGCAAUUCUUCAAACCAUGCAAAUGUUAUCAAAUGGGAUUCAGGCUACAUGUCACUCCAGCUACACACACACACACACACAGACACACACACACACACACACACACACACACACACACACACACACACACACACACACACACACACACACACACACACACACACACACACACACUCUCUCUAAAAUCCACCAGGGGGCUGUAGCUGUAUUCACUUAGGUGCCGCUGCUUCUGAGAAACUUCAUUUUUUCCCCAUCAGAGCUCCUUUUCUUCUGUUAUUUUAUUACAAGUUUAAGUACUCUCUCAGUCACAUUUUUUUUCUAUUUUACCUUAAAGGAGGAAGACGAGAAUGCCAAGGCAGAGACAGAGGAGAAGAAGAUAAUCGAUCCCACCAGAGAUGAUGGGAGUACAGCAGCCAAGCACAUCAUCGAGUAUUGUGCUCUCUCUCAUUAUCACACUAUCUCAGAGAUUGACUCGGCAGGGCGUGUUGUUCUCUUGUCCUGAAAUUGCUUCACUUAGAAACAAAGACACCAUCAUUGAUUAGAAGUCCAAUCCAUGGCUCACUGCAAAUGUAGACGCCUUCCGUGCAGAAGUUUUUUUUUUUAAGUGUAAUUGUAAAAGUAAACAAAAGAAAUGAAACUAUGAAAAUAAUUAUCAUUAUUUAACAUGUAACAGUGUCAGAAAGUUUCCAUCAGGAGCGUCAGUGGGAAUGAGUUGGUAGAACUAAAGGAAUAGUCAUAAAGAAACUUAAUUGUCGCCCUUUUCACAGCGAGAUCCUGCCUCAGCGCUGACAGGAAGUCCUGCCAUCACUCUGCCUUUGUGUCCCAGUGUGUGCAGUGUUUCUCACAGAAUAGGACUACCUUUGUUGGGGGGAGAUCACAUCAUGUUAAUUCUGUAUUUAGGACAGUUUAUACACUGUUUGUGCCUUGUUCUCCAUCUUGUCUAUAUAUGCACAAGCGAAAGACUUAAAUUUGCUCUUUAUUUUGCCCCCACCUUCUCCACACACACACGCACACACAGCAGCAGUCCUCCCUCUUUCCACACCGCAGCAUGUCCUGCCCCUCCUCUUACUGUUUAUCUUCUCUCUGUUAAGUGUCUGAUCUUUGACCAUUUUCAUCAGCACCACUUUUAUUUAGACAGCCAAAUAUCACUGCACAGGUUUUGACAUCUUUUACUCAAUAUUCAUUCAUCACAGCGUGUAAUCUGCAUGUGAAUGAGGCUUUUUAAUGAUGUAUUGUUUGUGAGGAUACCAAACUAAGAUAGUGCAGAAAGACAUGUAGCUCCACGUAAUUUUAAAAGCAGUGUUAAAGGGUGGGUAAUGAUUACCCCUGUGCCCCCUUAAUCAAUGCAUGAGCAGGAGAAACACUACUGUAGGACCUCUCCACCUCCUUUCUCUUUCUCUGUCUCUGUCUCUCUCUCUGUGUCUCUGUCUCUCUUUUGAAUCAUUAAUCACAGAUGUGUCGUUCAGUUUGUAAAGAAAGUGUAAAAGGGGUCGGCAUUACACCUUGGGGCCUCACUCAGAUGUUGUGUCUGCAAGAGAAACACUGGUGUGAUUUCACAAACAGAUAAACACGACACUGCGUCAUCCUGCCAAUUCCCCUAAUUGCAGAGACUGUUUUCAGAGCUUUAGAAAACCCUUAAAAAGUAAAAGUAAAAUAUCUUAAAUGUUUUUAAUUUAUGGUCAUAAAAGUCUUACAAGUAUUUUUUUUACUUUGUGAUAGCUUUUAAAUUGAGGUAACACUUCCACUGUGCACGGCUGAAUUCUUUAUUAGGUCUACACUGUUUAGCUGUCACCAUAUACUGUAUCCCUUUUUUAGCCUUUUGUUUUUCUGCAUCCAGACUUGAUUCCAGAUCUACAGGGAACACCUGUAAUAUUGCAAGAGGAGUUUCAGAUGCUUUAUUAAUUGUUGCAUCAUGUUCAGGUCGGCUAAGCAGGAUGUGGACGAUGAGUACAGCGUUCCCACUGGACAAACCAGCUCCCAGUCUUACUACGGCGUGGCCCAUGCUGUCGUGGAGCGCGUGGAGAAGCAGUCGUCCCUGCUGAUCAACGGCACGCUCAAACACUACCAGGUACUUUUUGAGCUUGUCUGGCAGCUGUUGUUAUUUUUGUCGGCGUUGUCUGAACAGGGGUAUUGUUAUUUUUGAUUACAUGUCUUUUUUUUCUCAUAACUGAACGUCUCACCAAACAACCUUUUUAACACAGGAAGCAACAAAAUGCAAUUAUCUUCACUUCAGUUUUUGAAUUUUCCAACAAAAUGACUCAUGAAUACAAAAGCGCACUUAAAAGCCUCCCCUCAUACUUUGAUGGUAGCAUCUCCUCAAACUAAUCAUCGAGGAGCGUUUUUCAAACUGGCUGUUUGAUUUGACAGAUUAUGAUCAUUUAACCAACAAAAACUCCAGAAGCGUUCAGUUUUUAUCUGAGAAGGAGUCUGCAUUUACAAAAAAUACAGAGAAAGAUGGAGGACAUAGCGAUUUGAACAUCAAAUACUUAUUUGAAGCUUAUUUUCACAGAAUACGUAUUUAAAGGAAAUCACUUUAUUAAAUUUGGCUCCAGUUGGAAGUACAUCACAAACCCUCACAUUUCAUAACACUCUAACCAUCUCAGCAUUUUCUGCAGCUGAUGAUAUUCACUUUUACAUUAAAAAGUGAUUUAUUACUAUAAAACCUUGAGUGUUGAUACUAAUUGGUAAUCAUCUGAUAACACUGUAGCCUCCUACCUGUUGAACACGUCAUACACACCUCCCUGCUUACAGUGAUUCGUCUCUGCAUUGUAACAACUAGUUUUACAAUUACCAGUGACUACUUUAACAAAGUGCGUGAAUCGCUAACUGGGUUACUACUAGGGGUAGGAAUCACUAGUAGCUCCAUGAUAUGAUAUUAUCACGAUACCUGUGCCAUGAUACAAUAUAAUUGCGAUUUUUAACAUUUUCGCACUACAGUGAGUAUUGCAAUACAAUAUAUUGCGAUUUAUACAAUUUUUUCAAAUGUUGGCUAAUUUAGCGUUUGUUUCCUUUAUGUUUGUCUUAUUUAGACAGUAUUUUAUUUUCAUGUUGCACAUCUUACAAACCUCAUGUGUCAGAUCCAUCUCAUUUGUGCCCUGCUUGCAUUCCUAAUGUCUUUGCCCAGGUGCUGCUAUAUUCAUUGUACUAACUUUCUCCUGCUCUAUGAUGUCACCUCUGCCAACCUCACUGGAUGAACAGUUGAUCAUAUUUUUCCAUUAUCAUAGAUUUGACUUCAUAUUAGCAAUUAGGUGGAAAAAAAUGAUACUUGGUCAAUAAGACAAUACAAUAUAACACCAGACAAAAUAUUGCGAUACUAUGCUGUAUAUUGUAUAUAUAGUAUAGUAACUUUCUCUCAUCCAGGUCUUUUCCUAUCAUCAUAACUUCCAGGUUACUCUCGUCUCUUCAGAGGGUAGUGGACUCCUUUGUUAAACACCUUUAGGUGUUUUGCAAUUUCUCUUUCUGUGUAUCCUUCUCUCCUCAAUGUACAAAUCUGCACUUUGGUUUCUUUACUCUGUUGCUUCUUUCUAGCCAUUUUUUGCAGUACUUUGAACGCAAUUGAAAUUUAUUAGGAUUUUUGUUUGCAGACUCUCAAAAGCCAAAAAGUUGAAGUGAAUAAUCCAACUUGAUUUUUGGUUUUGCACUGAAGUUGUGACUCUUGCAAAUGUUUUCAACCCUAAAACUAAGCCCUUAUUAUCUUUUGCUGACAUAUAUUUAGCAAUGGUCUGUUAACAUCAAUGUAUAUCUAAAGGUAAAUGGAGUAAAAUGGUGCAUUUCCAUGAAAGCAACAUUUGAUCAUUGAGUAAAUACAUCCCAAAAUACAUACAAUGCAUGCUGGAUUUUAAAAAAAGCAUUGUGAACAAAAACUUGAAGUUACUCCCAACUGUUGGGCCUAUAGUGUAUUUUUUCUCCCACCCCUCGUUACUAGCUUGUAUGGCUAAGUAGUGACUUGGGAAAGUAACUUAAGCUCACUUCUUUUACUUCACUACUCUUAGUACUGCACCCCGCUUCUUGUCUCACUAUAUCUUACUGAGGAUGUCCUAGAGUGCAGCAGAGUCAACAGCUGAUAAGUGAGGUAUCUCUUCAACAACAUACCUGACAAUCAGUGUGUUGAGUCCUUCCUGGCUUACGUAUCGCAGAGCUGGCAGUGAUUUAAAAUGAAGCCUUGGCUGUUUGGACAGAGCGGGUCCUGCUUCAUCUGUGGAGCUCACAUCUGCGUCACUGAGAUUGCAAUGCCCGGCUCCCUGCUGCUAGCUCAGUUGUUGGGUUAAGUGGUUUGUGUCUUGGUGGCUGACAAAGAUUUCCUUCCGGCUCUUAGACCACCGCUCACCUCUGUAUUCUUGUCCUUUACUUUAGGGAGAGAAAAUUAAAGCUGCUAUUGCUAGGACCGAAAGCUGAAUGACUAUCAGUCAUUGAGUGUGCAAUAUUCUCUCUCCUGAGAUGCUGCUGUGCUGACAAGUCAGAUGAUCAAUUUUACUUAAUUGUCAUUUUUCUGACAUCCCAAGAGUUAUUCUUGUUCUCCUGCCCUUCCUCUGGAUAUGAUACACCCUUAAAGCUGAGCUGUAAAGACAGAAACAGUGACAAACUGCCCUCACCAUAUCUUAUCAUAGGGCUGUCAUGAUGAGAAAUUUCUGGAGACGAUUAUUUGUCAGACAAACAAUCGCAGUUGACGAAUAAAUGGUCCAUUUUUCCCCCUUCUUUAUAUUCUACUAUCAUAGUAUAAUGAGAUCUAAUAAUACACAUUCUGCCAGUUGACCGGAUGCAACUGUUGUUGGACCAGCAGUUGAUUGUGCUGGUGUGGUCUUUUCGAGUUUGGCGUAUUGCUGUGGAUGGUGGGUUUGGCGAUGUUGUUUCAGAUUUGUUGUGUUUGUGCUCUUGACCAGCACUUUUUUAUGGCAAAGCUAACAUAUUGCUUCCUCCACAUUACCGGGCUCCGCUUUAUCAUUCAGCUUACAUCUGAAAUGCGCUCACAGUGGUGCCAUGGUAAGUGACUUUGAAACUAGAACCUCCUCAUCCGUCAUCCCAACCUCGAGUCACUGCCCACCCAACCAAGACAAGAGGUAAACAACGGUUGCAGCGGUGCGUGCUGCGACUGCUGGCACAACAGGAUGACGUCAGACUCGGAUUCAGGGUUAUUUCAUGCAACUUUGUGGAUAAAAUAAAUAAAUGACGUUGAUGAAUAAUUGAGAUUGUCGAAUAUUGUUAUAAUGGCGACUGCCCCAUCUUAUCCUAUAUUAGGUCUAAAUAUUUGAUUGCUGUUUGAUUGCCAUCUCUCUUAGAGGUCAUAGACAGAGGCCCUGACUGAUCUGAACUGCUGCUCCGCACACUCAAUCAUCUUGUGAAGUUAAAAGAGCUUUCUACCGCUGUGGAUGCUACCACAUUAUUUUCAGUGUGACACCACAGUCCUGUCAUUAAUCCGUGAUGGCAAGGAGAGAUAAAAAGUGCAAGAGACAAAGUACUGGCAAUUGGACGCUCCCGACAUGUGUGGCUCUACCAAUCAGGCUGUAGCGGUAGCCUCUGAUUUAUGAGGUACCGGGCUUUUUACGAGGCAUGGUGUGAGCUGCCUGAGGAAACCAGAGACAUUUCAGCUUUAUAAUAAUUGGAUCAAUUGUGUGUCAGGCCAACAGCAUCUGUGUAAAAAUAACACUGAAUUGUCCACAAGAACUCAUGGAAGGCUUCACAUUCAUACAUGACUUUUUCCAGUUUUUAUUACUUAUUAUUUAAGCCCUUUAAACCGGCCUGUUUUCAGUGAAAUUAUCCGACUUUCUGCUUCAAGCAUAAUGUGCAGCUGGUAAUUGGUUGACAGUAUCCUUUUCUGCUGCCUGUGCCCUCCUGCCCUUCUCUGCUGCUCUGUACUGUCUUUAGCUGAUUGUUUUCCUCAAGCCAUACUGGCUGACGCAGUUGCUGUUCUGCUUCUGAAUCACUCGCGAAAUAAAAUCCCAAAGUGGCAGGCAAUGAGAUCGAGGGGCAUUUACAAAACUCAAUUUCAGAGGCUUUCAAUUUCUUCCUUUUGAUGGAUGUAAAGGUUUUAUUAUAACACUCUGACCGGAAGAAGAAACAUAUUUAAAAGUACUUUUUAAAUUACUCUAGAGCACUUCACUCUCUGCUCUUGAACUGUGCUUGAUGUCUAUAUUUUUAUACAUUUUCAUGUAUCUGACUGGAUAAUCGAUUAUGCUUCAGGCACAAAAUACAGCGAGGGGAGACAGGCAAUGUGAGGAAUAGAGACACGCUACAAAAGGCCGUGGCCUGGACUUGAACCAGCAGCAGCAGCUGUGACAAAUUUCAAUAACAUCUUACAAAAAAAAAAAGUCCAAAUCCUCUUAAUUUUAGCGUCUCUGUUAAGGGUAUUCACUGAUUUUCUUUAUUUAAUGCCUACAAGAGAGUAGAAAGCCUUGGAAUCUUAUUUAAAGUCAGAAACUGAAGGAAGAGAUCAGAGGAUGUCUAUGCUUUUGUAAAGACCGAACAUCUUGCAGGGUCACUUUUUCUAAAACCACAGCUUUACUCCUAUUGAAAUAGUUUCCUAUCCUGCUCCUUAGGAAGAUUUGCAAGAGGAGAAACUAACUGGAGUAGACUCAGAGCUGGCUUUGCCGGAAGUGCCUUUGUUUCAGCUAUAGCUUGUGUCGCCAUGAUAUGAGUAGUAUUUGCUGCUUUGUUACGCUGCUCGUGAGGUUUUUUCUUUUUUAUGACUUUUUAACUCAGAAACUUUCACCUCAUUAGUUCCUAACAGAAAGUGCAGGUCCAGAUAUCUCACUGUUUUAUGUCAGAGCAUGCUGAUAUUUACUUGCCUACCAGUUAGCUGUCCUCUGUUUGUUUUUCUUCAGACUCUACACUACCAUGUGCUUUGAAUGCUGAAACAUGGAAAAAAUGAGAAAUAGGACUUAGAUUUUUCAGCCCUAACUGGCCCAAGUAUAAUAAAAAAGACAGAGAGAGAGAGAGAGAGACGUGGAUAGGAAAACAAAGUGGUAAAGGAGAAAAAUAAGACUUUAUCUUUUUUUUAUUCCAGAGGUUAUUAACACUUUUAUAGUCAGGCCUCAGGUGCCUGAUCUCCUUAGUUUGCAGCUGAAGUCAGCUUCUUCCCACCUCCUGUGUCUCUCUGCUCCUUCCAGCAUCUGAUAGAGAUACACAUCUUAUGUUUAUGUCUGCGGCAGAUGGAUUGAGAGCUGAGGAGACAGUCGGCAACGUUGCCUGGUCCCUUUUCUGUUUUUUUAUCAGUCCAGACAUGCAAACUGUCGGCAGGUAACUUCAUAGCAGUGACCAAUGUUUACACCCUUGAAAUGACCAAAUAUGUGAGAAAAUUAGAAAAUGCAAACAGAGAGCAAUCUCCCUGCAGCUCUGCACACCCCCUCUAGGUUAUUAUUGCUAACUCAGAUAACUCAGAGGAAGAUUAUUCUCAGGAAAACUCCUUUAUUUUGCCUUUUAUUACUGUAACAGCUUGUCAAGUGAUGGUCUGUAUUCAGUGACUUUUUCAGAUGAAACAAAGGGUGCGAUUUUUGUCGCCUGGUUUUUGAAAAGGUACUGUUUGAUUUCAACAGGUGUUGUGUCCGGGUCAGGGAUUCUAGUAUGAUGACACUAUGGUAUAAUCUAGGUUGUUUACUCUGUUUAUGUCAAUGAUUGCGUCAGCAAUAAUGAAAAGGAGAUAUGAUGACAGUAAACAUGUUUGUUUUUGACGGGAUGUAAAGAUGGGAGGAGGACCAACUUCAAACAAAUACUGCUGAGUUUUAUGACAAGAUAACCAAAGCAAGCUGCAAUCUGGAAAAACUUUUAAGAAGUUGUUCCGACAUUAUGAAUUGUUUGUGACAGGGAAAAUGCAUAACAGGUCAUUAAUUACAAAGACAGCUUUAGGAGGUUGCAAAUUGAAAAUCAUUAUCCAGACUGAGACUAUGUUUAAGGGUGUCAAACAGACAUUUAUUUAUCAUUUUCUGAUGGAUCAAACUGUUUUUACAAGCGCUGACUGAAAGUGCAGUCCUGGGCCAAAAUUAUGGUGAUUUGCAGCCCUGUUUUUCCAGCAAUUUAGCUGUUUAGGCUGUCAUAUCCAGAAGCGACAGGAUAGAUUAAAAAAGACAACGCAGUAAUGACCAAUGACUUACUUUGUUUAAGAAACACCUCGGCUAUCAGGGGUGUUUUUAAUUGCCAUGCCUGUUUUAAACAAGGUAACAUUUUGCCUUUAAAAACUUCAUUUAGUCCUUCAUGCAGUUUGACGCAGAGGUUAAAGGGAUAUUCUGGCAUAAAUUUAAGUUGGGGUCAAACACACCGUAAAAUCGAGUGAUAGACCUCCCCCUCCCUCCCCUGAGGGAUGAAUGUUGCAGACUGCUUGUUUCUCUAUACCAACUUCAGCAACGACCGCAAGAUAGCAAUACACAGCAGUCUUUGUCUCCACUUGCAAACCUCAACCCAAAAGCCACUCUAUAGCCACAAAUAAUGCUCUGAACAGCACCUAACUUCAUCAACAGUACAUAUAGGGUCCCAGCCAUAGCAGUAGCCACCAGAUAUCUUUUUUAACUUUGCCUAUUUUCUUUAGCAAAGGGACUAAACACAAUUCACCCACUCUCUUCCAGCAGCUUGUUUGUGGGGGAUCCCUGAUGAGUCGAUCAUUGAGUGCAGCGGAUCAUUUUCAUGUACUAAUCAAGUAAUAAUCAUCACUGCAGACGCGGUAGUUCUUCUGCCUUAGCAUCUUGGUUUGGUCGAAUUUCCAUGAAGUAAUGAUCAUAAAUGUUCUUCCUUGAACUGCGAAACUCCACUGCAGUUGGUGACCGACUCGUCAGGGCUUCCCCUGAUGAGGAAGAAACCAGGCAAAGCUAAAAAGAUGUUUGAUGGCUAGUACUAUAGCUGGAACCCUAUAUGUACUGUUGAUGAAGUUAGGGGCUGUUCUGAGCAUUAUUUGUGGCUAUAGAGUAGCUUUUUGGUUGAGGUUUGCACGUGGAGACGUAGACCGCUGUGUAUUGCUAUCGUGCGGUCGUUACUAAAGUCGGUUUAACUAGAGAAGCAAGCAGUCAGCAAUAGUCAUCCUCGAGGGGGUGUCUAACUCGGUGUUACAGUGUGUUUGACCAUAACUUGAUUAUACCCCGGAAAAUCUCUUUAAACCUUCACGAUAGUUUCCUUGAACACAACACAAAGUGUCCUCUGUUCUGAUUUGUUUAUGUGUUUUGCCAUCUGUGUGCUGCAGGAGAGUGAAUACUUAAUUUCAGACGUGCAAAAAGGCCGACCGUGAAUAAUAUCUCAGUAUUUUUAAGGUGUAUUUCUAUUUCUCUGUGUUCUUUAGAUCCAGGGACUGGAGUGGAUGGUGUCCUUGUACAACAACAAUCUAAACGGCAUUCUAGCCGAUGAAAUGGGCCUCGGCAAAACAAUCCAAACCAUCGCCCUCAUCACCUACCUGAUGGAGUACAAGAGGAUCAACGGCCCCUUCCUCAUCAUCGUCCCUCUCUCGUCAGUACUCCUCAGUUUACAUCUAUCACAUCUCUGAUCAUCAAGUGUUUUUGCAUCCUGAAAUAUUUUCAGCAGGGGAGUGAUGUACACAGAGUUUAAAUUUACUCAAAGAUAUCCUUCCAGAUUGAAAAACACCCACAUUAUUAGUCCAAAUCACAACAUGGAGCUCUAAUAGAGACCAGAGGAGUCAGGAGUCUCGUCAGUGAUAGAAACACCGAUGCCGAUGGCAAGCAAUUUAACUCAAAUUAUAUCCAAGUGUCAGGUGUGAAAAACUCAUCUGCCUGCAGGGAGUGAUAAGUCAAAAUUGACUGCAAACACAGACUGGCUCAAACAGCAGUGAGUUAUUAUUGCAAUAACUCUGGACUCAGCAAGGCUUGUUUAAACAUCAGUGAAACAUGCAAAUGAAUGUGUGGGACCAAGGUUAAUUAUGGAGAAAUUAGUAUUUUAUCACUUUAAAAUACAUCAUGACUCAGUAAAAACGUGAUGAUGACUCAUACAAGCUGCUAAGAAACUCAACCAAUUUUAUUAGUCAGGACAGAAAACAUGAAGCAAAGAAAAACAAAAUUAACAGACGAAGAGGAAACAAACAAGCUCCUGACUUUUCAUGAAUAAUUAUUGGCACACAUCAGGGCCUGACCUUACUUUUCACACAUGCACUUCACAACUGCACAUUAUUGCGGCCCUACUUGUUGCCUAGCAAACAAACCAAACACCCUUCAGUAAUGUAUCAGCUAAAUGACAAGCAGAUAUGACUUUAAGUUCAACAGUUUGUUUCUACUUCAUCCCCAUCCUUGAUCUGUUGUUCAGUCCCAAACUCAUCUGCUGACCUUGUUCCUCCUCCCCUGCCUCCACACGCUCACACUCAGACACACAAAAACACACCUCUAAUCUCUUGCUGCACACAGACCAGCUUAAUCCACCUCAUUCUGGAGCUCGUUCUCUGUAUCAGUCUGCUCCGUGGACUUUCUUUGUCAGCACCUUUUUUUUUUUUUUUUUAAUAUAAAGCUAGAUUAGUGUUUUGAAUCCCCAGUUCUUUUCCCACAAUGGUGAGCUGCAUGUUAAUGACAUUGGGUAUUGAAGUGAUGGCAACCUGUGGUUACAAGUGACAUCUGUAUCAACCAGAUGCACUCACGUGUUUUUAUUCAAUAACAUGUUACAGGAGCUUUUCCUGUAAACCAAAGACGUAUGACUUAAACUUUUUUAUCUGACCUGUGUCCCAGCUGAAACAUGGCACUGUAAGGCUACAAGCAGCACACUGCACAUCUUUGUAAGAACCUAAAACCUCCUGUUGUACUCAGCCUACUCGUAAAUAAUGCUUGAUGCUUUGAACACACAGCCAUGGAUUUAAUGUAACCUGGUUCUUCACAAACUUGGCAUCUCUCACAACAGCUUUGGCACAGUGGUACAGUGGGUCUCUAGCCUCAGGCCUCUACAGGUCAGUAUGCCCCUGGGCAAGAAACCAAAGCCCUAAUUGCUCCUGAAGUCAUAGCCAGCAUUGAGAAUGUGUGGGAACAUGCUGAGCUCUGAUAGGAGGCUGGGCACUUGACACUGCUGCCUCUGCUGCCAGUAAAUGAUGGCAUUUAAGGGUAAUUGUGACUUAGGAAGGCGAGAAGGGAGAAUAGAAAGGCGCUGAAGGAUUGCAGCCCCACCUUUCACCGUUUAUUUAAUCAUUAGAAAACAAUCCUGUUCUCCACCUGAUAAGCUUUUGUUUGUUUCCACAAAACUAACAGAAAAUAUUUGUAAUCAGCAGUGACGCUUUCUCACCAUCAUAAAAAAAGAUUUUGUUCAUAAUCAAGCCGCCCCAGUAGGUUCAAAUAAAUAGUUCACAUCAUGGAGUCACUCUUUGUAUCCUGUUGGUCGUUUCAAAAAUAUGGCAGAGUGGUUAAUCUUUUAUUGAGCUUCAUGAAAAGUAUGUUGUGCUGCUCUCAAUCCCUUCAAAUCUUCAAAGUCAAACCUCUCAGACUUUUGCUUUGAAGGAGUAGAAGACAACCUCUCCAGUGUAGACAAGGGCUCAGUUGUUUCAUUUACCCAAAAACAUCAAGAGUCAACAAAAGCUCCUGGGUCCUUUUCACCUCCUUUAUACAUACAGGUGAAAUUACUUUCAGUGCUCCAAAACUUACCUUCUGCAGGUGUAGAUUGCAGAGGACCUGUGUGAUGUAACGCCCAAAGUCUUGUUGAAAAGAAAAUUUGACUUUGCCUUUUAUUUUUUGCUAGAACUUCAGAUAAACUUUGUUGUUAAACUUUUUGUUGAGGAGUGUAUUGCUUUUGGUUGUCAAACUCAGUAGAAAGCCUAAAUUGAACUCAAUUGUGUGUUGGGAAAUCAAGGUUAAUGGGCAGAGAGACUGAUCUGCCUGUGGGCGUGAGCUUUUAACUAAACUCUGCAAGAAGAGGGAAGCAUUUUGAACUACAAUCAGUGUUUUGAUCAGGACAUUAAAAUGAGCGCUUUGGGUUUUAUGCGCCAUGCAUCAUGUCACUCCUGUCUCCUCCAACGUCUUCAGUAAUUGUCUCUGAUUUCUUUCUUUCCAGGACUCUGUCUAACUGGGUCUAUGAACUUGACAAGUGGGCGCCCUCUGUGGUGAAAAUAGCUUACAAGGUAAAUCAUCUUUCUUUUUCCCACCAUGAAAAAUGCAUUGAUCCCUUUUAUCUCAACUGUGACCGUAAGCUGUAAGAUUUUCUCUGCCUCUUCCUCCAUGAAAGGGCACCCCUGCUCUGCGCCGUGGGCUUGUGCCGCAACUUCGCAGCGGGAAGUUCAAUGUUUUGCUGACCACUUAUGAAUACAUCAUCAAGGACAAGCACAUACUGGCCAAGGUGAAAGAGAUCAAAGCUUUUCUUCUCCCAAAAGUGCACAGUGUCUAUUUUGCUCUUUGUUGCCAUUCUGUUUAUUUUGAAUCUUUUGUUAGUGUCCUGUAUGUAAGUCACAUUUGUGCUCAUGUUAAAACGCCCCGUUCUACAACAGAGUUUAACUUGUUUAAAGUCUUGAACAAAGAAUAAAGUCAUGUAUAAAUUUGGGUAUUUAAGGGUUUGACUGAAAGGUGGGCACUUUGUAGCCCUUUGUCUAGAGCCCCAACUCCACAUCUAAAUCAGGCUUCACCAACUUUGGGGUUGCAACCCUGCAUGGGUUUUUGUAUGGCCUUCAUUGGUCCUAAAUCUCAGUAGGUGGACACGUUAUUCAAUCCAGAGUCCCUUUCAUGUACAGACUCCUUUUUACCACAGUUUUCACUGAAGAGACUCUUCUGCUGAUUUUAUAAUUCAAGGGCCAGAGUUUAAAGUGUUGCUCACUUAGCAGCUGAAACACUCUGCAUGAGCUGUCAUUGAUUUAUUGACUUUUUGGGAGACUUGUUAAAAAGGCUUUGCAGUGUUUGGUCUUGCAGGUAGAGAAUUAAUUCACAUGCACAGAAGCUUGGGGAGGUGUGCACAAGCCCGGAGUUUGUUGCUUUGAUUUAACUCUCUGAUAUUUAUGAGUAUCAGUUCAGAUGGGGGUGAAAAACUCACAGUGCAUAGCAAAAACUUGAGCCUCAGUUUAAUCCUACUUUUGUUGGCUCUUGGGCACAAAUUGAAUCAGAGAUAAGAAAAGAUGAUUUCACUGCAUCCACUCUGUACUGACAGUCUGUCAGCAGGGUCAGAGUUUGUUCAGCAACAUUCUUCAAAGCGCUAACUCAAAGUCAGAGACAUUGCGCUCAUAUUAGACUUCACAAAUCUUCAAUACAUGAAAUGAUGCAUGAGUUUCUUAAAUGAUGCAUCAUCAUAAAGUUUUAUUGUUGAUGGCGCUUUGUUGUUUCAGCAGUUUUACUUUCACACAAAUUGUUUUUUACUGAUUGUUUACCCCCGUGAAUCCCGUCUUUCUCUUGAUGUACCUCCAUACUCGAGCAAGGUCGGCCUGGAAAUGUAUUUAAAAAAAAAAAAAGUAUCACACAAUAUGUUUAAGGCUUCAAGAGGCUGGUGUUUACCUCACUCACUAAACCCACGCAUACAGUCUGUUUCUGUGUUUUUCACAGGCUGUGAAAUGAAAGCAGCACCUUAUUAAAGCAGCCUCAGUCGCAGCUUUGGUUCACUGCUGAAGGUCAGACAAGAUGCACUCAGGUCAUACAGAAACAGACAGAGCCUUUUAGUUUGGUAACCUAAAGUAGGACAUAAACAGCCUCAACCUGUUUUUCUUUCUAAUGGAUAGCAUGAAUGCAAAGAAAGUUUAUGUCGUGAAAAAAGAAAAAAUACAGAUACCUUACAUCAUCCUGAUUCAUCACCUCAGCAGACAUUACUUUGAUGAUUUUGUGAUGAUUUUAUUAAACCCCAUCACCAUUGCUGGAAGUUUAAACAAAUUAUGAGUGUCUUUAUUAUUAUAGGCCAGAUAUACCAGUCAUGUACCAGCCACUUGUUACUAGCUAGGGCAGUAGCUCUGGUUAAAGGCUACUCCCUUAGGUCAAAUGUCAGCUGUUGUGCAGCCUGCAGAGGCAGCUGUUCUCUGGAGUUAUUCUCUUUAAUGUUGGCAUUUACCAGAACAGACUUAAAAGUAAUAGGAUUUAAUUUUUAUAAAUAUGUUUAAACUAGUGUAAAAUUACCUGAGAAUGAACAUUCUUUUGGUUUUGUGUGAGCUUAAAAAGGACUUUUUAUGUCUACAUAAAGACGGGUCUCCUUUUCACAGAGGCAGCCUUUUAUUUCUAGUUCACCAGUAACACGAGCAUCUUUAUUUUCAGUGAGUGAAAUGGACGAGUUGAAAGACAAAAAGAAGCAAGUAGUUGUUAUGGGCAAAAAAAAAGUAUCAAAAGAGUUUUUUAACAGUAAAAAUUGACAAGAGGUGAAUCAUACUUGCAUGUGUGAAGAGUCGGACUUCUAGAUAUUAGAAAAUAACCUGAAACAAACUUUCUUUUGAAGUUAUAAACAAGUGUUGGGCACAUUUCUUAAAUAAAAAAGGAACAUAAUACCUUUCUUUCUUUGCUUUCCAUUUAUUGUCCUUCAGCAGAUGCAUCCAGAACAAUCUCCAUACAUCAAAAUCACUUGUUAUGCAUAACCCCAAAUCACAGGGCUCCAAUUUCUUCUGUUUACAUAGUUGUGAAAAGUGACAUGAAUCUGUGUUCUGUGUUCUCCAGACAAGGAAAGUUCAGUUUUUAUGUGUCUGCUGUAUCUCUGAAAACAGAUGUACCAUAAGGUUUGCACCAUCAGGACAGCCAGCAUCUGAUGUGGAUCAUUAAUUUGAUCACUUCUCUUCUCUAUACCGUACAACUCUGCAGUAAAGCUUUUCAGUUUGAUCAAUUCAAGCUGCAGUAAAUCCAAUAAAGUUUGCGGCACUGAACUGGAAUAAUUCGUAGAAGAGUGAGUGUGCUCUUUUAUUCAUGUUAAUUCAUUCAUGCCAUUAAAAAAGUCCAUGCAGAAACAGAAAUGAUCAGCAUAUGAAAUGAGAGAGGGAGUAAGAAACUUCUUGUUUGUAUGCAGACAUGUCAUUUACCCUGAAGGUGUUCACGGCCAAAAAUCAAAGUUGUCUCAUGUGCAGCCCCCCCUGAGCUCAGCCGUUAUCAUUAUUUCAAGUAUCCAAACUUAGACAUGCUUCAUUUCUCUCUCUGUGUUUUUUUAUUUAUUUUUCCAAAGUGUUGGAACAAAAUUGUAAAAGAUGUCUUUCAACAUGCAGAUACGUUGGAAGUACAUGAUUGUGGAUGAGGGUCAUCGCAUGAAGAACCACCACUGCAAGCUGACCCAGGUGUUGAACACCCACUACGUAGCCCCCCGCCGCCUCCUCCUCACUGGGACUCCUUUGCAGAACAAACUGCCUGAGCUGUGGGCUCUGCUCAACUUCCUGCUGCCCACCAUCUUCAAGAGCUGCAGCACCUUCGAGCAGUGGUUCAACGCCCCGUUCGCCAUGACAGGAGAGAGGGUAAGCACAGGCAGAGACAGCCUGGGUAGAGACUCUGCUUGCAGUUGUUUAAAGCACAUCAAGUGGCUAGAGGGCAGACAGGUGUUUAGCUAAUGAAAAAAAAAAAACACAUUACCUUCUUCUUUUAUAAACUUAGGUUAUGUCUUUGAGGAGAGAGGACAGAGACAUUCAAGGCUGCACAGGCCAAGCUGUUUUAGUUUUUCAAAUAGUCUACCAGUACUUUGAUUAACCAACGCUAUUCAAUUUGAUGAACCUGCAAAGAACAUCAAGUCCGUCACAUGUUUGUGGAGAGAAAAACCUUGGUGCAUCUGAAUACAGGAGCGAGGCCUUUGCACUAAGUAAUUAAACCCAAGAAUUUAAACAACUUGAACUGAUUAAAACUGACUCUUUCAAUGUCAACAUUACUGAAUGCUCUGAAAUGGAAACACAACCUCAUUCUGAAACCUAUGCUUUUUUAAUGUGUAUAUACUAAAUAACCUUCAGAGGCUGAUCAAAACUAAAAACCUUAACUAUGAAUGUGAAAAAACUUUAUUUAUACACACAAUUAAAAUCUAGGAUGAAUGGUUUUAUAAUGAAUAACAGGUAAAGGUCUUUGUUUCCUGUAAAGCUAGAGUCAAGGUCGCACACCUGCAUUCUCAUUCGUUAUUCAUGGGUGCUUGGGUUUUAAUCUUUUCUAUUUUUUGAUUCUGAGUUUGAAUUUUAUCGCAGGCUGAUGAAAAAUCUGAACCUGAUUUAUUGAGAUUGAGAUUUGAGAUUUGAUUUAUUUGGUCCCCUUGGGGAAAAUCAUCUUCACUGACUGUACAUUAUGGGAAAGACAACGACAUUGCACAUUACAAACAUCAACAAACAAACAUUGUACAUCAAAGGAAGUGCUCAGUCCCCCAACUUUAUCUCUGAAUGUCUGAAAAACAGCCGCUGCACCUAUUGGGAGUGCAGAAUGAAAAAACACCAUGUGCACUGACACUCAAAAGCAUUGCUCACUAUGGCUACCAAACAAGAGGACUGGGCUAUGCAGACUGCUGAUUCUGAAUCAGUAUUUCCUGUAAAUGUGAGUUAGUUCUGUAUCAAGUCAUGCUGCACCUUUGGGUACAGACACAUCUCAGCUAAUUAGAAGAAUAGGAAAAAGUUCAGUUGUUUUGUUAUUUACCUUAAAAAGAGGGGAACCUUUACAGUUUCUUCAUUUGUGAUGUACAAAGUGAAAUAUUUCGAGCCGGUUUUGUUAAAUGUGGCUAGUAGCUCAUGAAUAUCAGAAAUCCAGAAUCUCAGAGCUAUUAGGAAAUGUCCUCAGAUGAAUCAAAAACAGAUUUAGAGGACAGAAAUAUUCAGCUUGUGAAAAGUAUGUUCAUUUAUAUGUACUAACAGAAAAUACAAAACUUCUCCCUUCGUUCUAACUUAUUGAGAUGCACCUGUAAAUAUCUGGCAUGUUCUGAAACAUACUGCUCCUCUUGUUUACUUGUUCAGGUUGACCUCAAUGAAGAGGAGACCAUCCUGAUCAUUCGGCGUUUGCACAAGGUGCUCCGCCCCUUCCUGCUGCGCAGACUGAAGAAAGAGGUGGAGUCUCAGCUGCCAGAGAAGGUGAGACUUGAGCGAAAUGAUCAUGCUUUGCUUUGAAACAGAUUCCGUCUCUUUGUUGCAUGAUCUUAAAUACAGAAAUGUUUCACCGCUGUUCAAUCAGCUAAAAACAUCUUCAAUGUGUGUUUGUUAACAGCAUGUGUCCGCUGUUUCUUCAUUCAUGGUCACUCAAAGCUGAUCCAACGAAAACGUUUUUCAAGCUGAAGUGCGUUUGCUCUUUUCUUACAACCCUGAAAUUAACACAGCUUUACUUAUUCAGCAAUAAUUAAAAGUGAUGUCCUUGAAACUGCUGGAACAGGCCACUCUCCUGCUUUAAAUAGUGAUUAAAAAUGCAGCGAAGAGGCCACUUUGUCAGAGCGGCGAAGCUCUUUGAAACAAAUGUGAAUUAGCCUCUGAUAAGGAUCAAGUGUUCUCCGCCUGGGCAACAAUUAAUUCACCUGUACAAUUGUUUCAGCUUGACUUCUGGGUCUAACUGCAGUCCUAUUUGUCGAGCUUAAACUACCGUAAAAACAGGACCGGUGUAUUAUCUCAUCAGGGCGCUGACAGAGUUCAUCCUAAUGGAAAAGAGUAAUAACUUCAGAGCCCUGUUUCUUAAAAGCAACUAAUUGCUAAGAUGAUAGAAAAGUAUAAAGUAUAUUUUUAAAACAAAAAUAGUCUGCUGUUGUUUACAAAUUCACCUUUUAUUGAAAUGAACUGUGGACAUAAACACUCAAAUUUAACAGUUCUACCUCAACCUCCUCUUUCACUUCUGUGUGUUUAAGGUUUAACAUGGAGCUGAAAAGUAGCCUCUGCACUAAGUAGUCUAGAAGUCAGUCAAAGUGAACUCUCCCAAUCCAACAUCCAGCUGCAAACCUGCAGCAGCAGCAGGAAGCUAAAAGUCGGUGGCGUAACACCGUAAUGCAACCCUAAAUAUCAUCCUGCACACAAAAGCAAUGUACAGUACUGAUUCCUGAAUGUGACGGUUGACAACAAAUGUGACGCUUUCCUUUAACUGUAAAUAGUGUAAGACAAAAAUCAAAUUUCAAAACUGAAAAUGUAGAUUUUUUUAAAUGGAAAUGUCUUCAUAUUAAACUUGAAAUCAGCAGCUGUUGAGAGAAGUUGGGACCGUAACAAGAUAAUACAGAAAAAAUAACCUGGAGGAACGUCUCCCAACUAUUGGUGUUAACUUGUAACAGGUAAGGAACAUGAGUUGGUGUCGAAAAGACACUUCAGAGAAGCUGAGUGUCUCAGAAGUCAAGAUUGGAAGAGGUUCACCAUCCAGUCAGAGACAAGGUGGAGAAAUAGUCCAGGAAUCCCAGAAAAAUGUUCUUCAACCCAAGGUUUGAAAAAAAAAAGAUCUUGCCGUGUUUUCCUUCUGAAAGUGGAAGUGGUCGAUGUUUUCCUUAAAUUGGUUGCCACCUUUUAAGCCUGAAUUUGGUCUUUCAAACAAAUAAAAAGUUUUAGUUAUUCUUAAUGGUUUUUUUAUACUUUAAAAGCCUGAAAACAAACAACAACCUUUACAAGACUUGUCUUGCACUCAGCACAUUGAUAAAAGCACUAAAUUUGUGUCCAAUGAAUCAUUUUUGAGUUUUCCAUGUCCUUCUGAGCAGAGAGGCCAAUGCACUUAAGAGCUAUUAGCAAUAAAUUUCCGUAAGUAUAAGACCUUCAUGUCUCUCCAACUCUAAUUUCAAAAGACUCGGUAUGCAAAAUCAAACUGCUUUUUUCAAGGUGUUAAAUGGGAACUUAAGAUCGAAUUAAAGCUUCAUCCUCAGGCAAACAGAUGGCAUUAAGAGGUUGGUUAGGGCUGCUUUGAGGAACUUGAGCAGAAACUGAAAUGUGUUUGUGCAGUACACUCUCAGCUUUUCAUUAGAAAAUACUUGAGAAACUUGACCAGUGUAAAGAAUUGAAUGAUUGUCGUGUUUAUAAUGUUUUAGAGUCUUUGCUUUGAAUUCUCCCUGCCCAUUUUCUUUAUUUUCUUUGUUGUAAAGAACGAAGUGACUUUCACAAAGACACUGGUGUCAGCUCUAACAGGCCUGUCACUGAUGCGUUUUGUUUGUUGUCAUUCACUCAGGUGGAGUACGUCAUUAAAUGUGACAUGUCUGCGAUACAGAAGGUUUUGUACCGCCACAUGCAGAAAGGGAUUCUUCUCACUGACGGCUCCGAGAAAGACAAGAAGGUAAACAUACUGAGACCCCUGUGGCUUUGCUGUCUGUCUGUGCUUUGUUUUGUCAGCGUGUCAAGCUGACAAACUGAGCUGUAGAGCUGAUACAACAGAGAUACUCGCAGGGUCCUGCUGUCUGACAUCAGAAGAGUUUGGUUUUGUACCUGGAGUUGUUGUCCGCCUACUCUCUUUCUUUUAAAAAUGCAUAGUGUGAUGGACAAGACGUUGUGUCUGCCAAAGAUGAGAGCACAUUUAAAAUUGUAUUUCAGUUCUGAGGCUGGAUUUGGACCUUCGCCUUCAAUUUAGUAUCAAUAAUCACAUUUUGUUCUCUGUAAAGAACAACCUGCAAAUGUUUCAAGCAGAUUGAAAUAGAGACCUCAAAAUUUUCCAACCAACAAACCCUUACAAGGCUGCACAAUAUAGCUAAGCUUUUCACACUAUCCAGAGCAAUUAAAAAGUUAAAGGCAUUUCUUGUAAUGACAAACAGUAGGAGUCUUUCGUCUGAAUUUAUGAGUCCUUUAGACUCCAUAGAGCUUUAAAGCAGGUUUAAGCUCUUUGAUUAGCUGUCUUGUACCUAAUGUACUUGUUUAAUUCACUCUUGAUGCUGUUAUAGUGUCACAUUCAGCUGUUGGAAGCAGCUACUUCAAUUAGAAGACAUCUUAAACUAUUGUAUGGUACUUGCCCAAAACCAGAGAAUGGUAAAACUUUAGUAAUUUCUGUCAAUAGAAAACUCCAAAUGAAGAUUGAUUUUGCCCAGAUUGACAUUUUUAGAUUCAAAAAUCACAGUGUUGUUUAUAUGUUGUCCUCUAUGUCACACUUAGUCUGAAGAAAUCCAAUUUUGUAGGUUAACAUUUACAACAAGCAAAUCCUCAAAGUUACAGUCGAGUGCUCUUUAAUUCAUGAUCUUACCUCCUGUAGGGCAAAGGUGGAGCAAAGACCCUGAUGAACACCAUCAUGCAGCUGAAGAAGAUCUGCAACCAUCCAUACAUGUUCCAGCAUAUUGAGGUGAGCGCUGCUAAAGACCACCGACUCUGGCUUUUUAAAGUUUUGUGUUUACCUCGUCACAUAAAAAUAUGAGACCAGUUUCCUGCACGUACCUGCUCCCUGGUAUAACCCCUCUGAGUGAAAAACUGAUUUAAUGUCAGAAUAAAAAAACGGAUCAUCAGUCACACUAACAAUCACAAAGCUCCUUGUCUUAUAUUUUGAGUGACAGCGCAGACAAUUGUUGCCGAAGUUUAGCCUCAGGGCAUCCUGAGAAAAGUGCAGGAGCUGGUUUAAAAGUCUCCUCUCAUUAAACCCUGAAAAUGUUGUCUUUGACAGGAGUCUUUUGCUGAACACUUGGGCUAUCCCAACGGCAUCAUCAACGGGUAAGCUGGACCAGAAACUGUUUUUUGAACUUUCCCAUUCUGAUCCAAGUCAAGGGAAAUGAGAUUGGAGCUGUAAAACUCAUCCAGUCUUAUUUCUCUUUUCUUUUAUCAUCAGCUGAAGAGUGUGCUCUGUAAAAUGUACUUAUUUGAUGCUAAUCCAGAUUAGCGCGCACACUAUAGCCUUCAAACUGGAUAUGUACAACCUGACACCUGUAUGAUAGCUAUUAACAACAAUGUGAGCUCAAAGAAACAGUGAAGUAAUUUGACACCUAAUGUGUUGAACAAACCUGGAGAUAAUUGCUCAUUCUAAGUAGAGAGAAACAAGCCAAAGCAGGAAAUCAUCUCCAAACACACAGUGUGUGUGACACCAGGAUGUGUGUUUGAGAUGCUAAUGAAACUAUAAUCACCCACCUCUCCUUUUCACACCCUGUUACAACAAAACAGCAGAUGAACUUUGGAGAAACAGUAGAAAACCAGAUGAGAGGUUUUAUUUCACUCUGGACACUACCGAAGCACAGGACUUUUGAAAUAACUUUAUGAAUAGGGUCCAAACUAUUUAUGGAGUGAAUCAAUUCAAUGCAAUUUAUUGUCCCUCCUGUACUUCAAACCACAUUGUUGAAUAGAGAUAGAGUGUUGAAGGAUUUAUACACUCUAACUCUCCAUCAAAUGCUGCUAAAGGAGAGAUUUCAUCACUUUGUUCAUCCAUAACAGAAAUCCAGUAAUGCUUUGCUCCCGUGUAGUGAGUGCACUCAGCACAGCCACACACAGACAGACACAUAAGCUUCUGUCUCAUAUGAUUUCCAAGAAAUUCACUGAUUUGAUAAGAAAAUUCCUCUUUCAUAUAACUGACUGAAAUAGUUUCAGAAAUGAAAAGUGUCUGGGAGGAACUUUUUCAACUUUCAUCGAUCUACCUGCAGCGCUGACACCGCCUGUUAGAGGAUCACAGGCCUCGAGUUUGUGGAUAAAACUGCAGCACCAAACGGUUGUUGACACAGCAGGGGGGUCAUCUGAAAAGCUGGUUGUAACUAAUUAAAAAUAAUGAGUUGUGCAGUCCUUCCUUUUCAUGGUGGGUUGAGCAGUUAUCAAAGUUUAACCUCUGUUUGCUAUACAGGGAGCUGCAAAUGUGUCAGACUAAGUGAAAAAUGAUAGUUGAAUGGAGUUACUCUGUCUGAUAAAGCUGAAGAUCGGAGGUUAACUGUGUCUCCCACUGUUAGUUUCAGUGGAAACAAGUGCUCGGGCAAUUCACCUCAAUAUGAGAAUGACCCACUUAGGAUGCAGUAACUUUCUUCUGACUUCUGCCUAAGAAGAAUGUUACUGAUUUAAAGAUAUCUAACCUGCUAAAGCUGAUGAGAUUUUACAGCUGGGUUUGCAUCCAUCGAUCUACAGCAAUGCUAAAUUCUGCAGGCUUUAUGACCUUGGAUAAUGUGUAAUUUACCACAAAAUUAAAGGUGGGGUAGGCAGGAUCUGAGUAAGUGCCAGUGCCAUGUAAACCCCCCCCCCCCCCCCCAUUAGGUUUCCCCUCAGCUCCUCCUCUCCCCUCUCUGCUCCAGCAAGCACCGCCCACAAACAGAUGCUCCUGCUCGCUCGUAUCGUUUCAAUUAAAUAUUUCAGAUAAUUACAAAUGGGGCCCAGUCAAUGUGAAAGUAAAAAGCAUUGUUGCUACUGUAGAUGCCAACAGAUUACCAGCAAACACAAUGUUUGCAGGACUUCUAAAACUAGGAUAAAGGGACAUACUCCAGGACCCGAGGUAAACGGUUUCGCAGCACUACAACACGCAGCGGGUCCCGUUUGACAAGAAACACUUCAGUUACAGACACUUGGCUUUAUUUAAGCGGUUUACCUGUCCAGCAGAAGGGUUACAAGGCCAGUAAGAUCCCAAAGUGUCCCCCAUGAUUUAAUUGUUGAUGUUGACCCGGCUUUUUAGCUCUUGUCCGGUCUACCUCUGUUUUAAGCGCCCGUUAUUCCGCCAGAGUCUUCGGUAUUUACUUCGUUUUCUUGCUUGUGUUGGCAGUUGUGGCCAAAGGAGGAUUCAGACAAUUUCCUGUACUUUUCUUGGUUUCUACUGUCCGAUAUUGUAGCACGCUAACUUUGUUUGGGCUCGUGCACGUUAUUCAUGGAUGUGGAGCGUGCAUAUACACCACAAAAAAGAUGCUUCUUUAACGGAUUCCUGUCUAGCCCACCUUUAAUGAAGCAUUUCCACCAAUGUUUAACCUCCACCAUGCAAACUCUUUUAGCAAAACAAUACUACAAUAUUGAAGAGUUCACGUUUAACAAAUGAGUCAAACGAGUGCAUCAGAGAUUUAAUUUGUACCACUAAUGCCUUUAAAACUAAAGGUACCAGACAGCCAUGUGUACAGUAUGACAGAUAUUGAUUUGUGAUACAUGUUUAAUCAUCUCCACCCAGGCAUGAUCUGUAUCGAGCAUCUGGCAAGUUUGAGCUCCUGGACCGCAUCCUGCCAAAGCUACAUGCCACAAACCACCGCGUGCUUCUUUUCUGUCAGAUGACGACUCUUAUGACAAUCAUGGAGGACUACUUCAGCUAUCGCAACUUCCUGUAUUUGCGUCUUGAUGGUAAGCUCUAGUUUCUACGCUGAAAGUAAUACCGACCGACUUUCUGUCUCAAGUUUCCGUGAACUUUCCCUGAAACUGCAAACAGCCAUCAGUGCCGGGCGCUACAAAACAAAGCAACACAAACGAGGCUUUCUCACAAGCAAAGAGACAGUCAGUCUGCAUUAGAGCCCUCCUGGACUUGUUAUUGUGACAGCGGGACAGCUUUAAGAACUCACAGCCUCAGUGGAAAUGCUUCUCAAAGUCUGAGUGUGGAGUUUAGGAUUGUGCAUGUGUUGCAAACUGGGUGAUACAUCCAGGGAAGUACAUCAAAUCAUGAGUAGUUUCUUGAGCUGAUGGUUUGUAUUUUUCAUUUGUAUUUCGAUGUAAAAUUCUUAGAAUACUAUGCUGCUCUGAGUUUCUCUAAUUCAGCCUGUGAAUUUGUGUUGCAGAGUUAAUCUCCUUAAUUACUCCCAGACUCAGAAGUGUGAACGGUUUUCUGCCCAAGUGAGUGAAAAUGAGACUCUGAGACAACACUGGUGGAGCUGACUCCUCUGAAUUCAGGGCUCCUGUGACAAAGAUUAGCUCAAGUCAGACAAUCACAAAUCUGGUAGAACUGCUUACAUGAGAGUAAACGUAUAAAAAAAACUGUGAAAAACUCCAUGGAAGAAAAAUGACUGCUUGAUUACCAGUCCGUCCAACGAGAUGAGAUUAUUUUCUGGCGUUUAGUCAGAUUUUAGACUCGUAAUCAGUUUAACCCCCUUGGUGUGAUUGGUGUGGUUAAAGGAUCAGUUUCUCAUUUCUAAUUUAAGCUGAACCAGACACAUCAGAAUAAAAGAAUUAAAAUAUUUCACGCUCGGAUGUUUGAGUAGUCUCAUCAGAGAGUCUACACUAAAUAGAUCAAAUCAGCAUCUCACACAACAAGAAAUCGUCUCAGCUUCUAGCUCUGGACACAGAAUCUGAAGUUAAUGUGAGGCUCUUCCAAAGUGAAUCCCCAGUUUGCAUCCAGACAGACUUUUAAAUACCGCAAACAUUAGGUUUAAAAUGUUAAGUUUUGAUCACACGUUAAAUCCCACUCGGCAUUUCUUUAUGAUAAAAAGAAUAACAUUUUUUAAUCAUUAAAUAAGAAAAUUAAGAACUUGCGAACUUGUGUGGUUGUUGCGUUAAUUAGAGACAUUUCACGGGCUUUUCCCAAACAACAACUCUGAGUCUGUUUAAUUGGUCAGAAAAGAAGGUACGGUGACAUUUUUACUUCCCUGACUCUGGCACUCGCUCCACUGAAAGAUGAAGACAAAGUUCAAGCAGACUGUAUCAGAGUUAAUUUGACAGACUUUUUUGUUGCAUUAGGAACCACAAAGUCUGAAGACAGGGCGGCUCUGCUGAAGAAAUUUAAUGAGGAGGGAUCUCAGUACUUCAUCUUCCUACUCAGCACCAGAGCCGGAGGACUCGGGCUCAACCUGCAGGCUGCAGACACCGUGGUCAUCUUUGACAGUGACUGGAACCCACAUCAGGUACAUUUCUUGAUGAUGAUCACCUGAUGUUGAGCUUUUUUAGGACAGGACUUUGACAGUUUCAAUGACAUAUCAUAUAAACCUACUUUUCUAGACUCUUUCUGUUUCUGUCAGUGUAAACAACACUGAGACCGGCGACAGUGUCCUCCUGCUUUUCGUUUUUCUGAUUUCAAAGAGCUCCAAUCAACACAAAAGUGAUUAAAGCUGCCACACGGAUACCUGACUCAAGCUGGUUCAUAUCCUGAUUUUUUUAUGUUUAUAGAAAGCCUUCAGUCAAAGACAGAAUUGUUUCUUCUAAACUCCUAUGGAACUCACUUUUAAUGAAUAAUACAAACAAAGAUCUUCUCUUAAAUGUUUACCUCAAGCCUGGCAGCACACUGAAUAAACAAGUUUAUUCAGUGUUAUUUCACAUUCCAGACAAGUGCAACGUCUGCCACCACAGCCGUGACUUAAUUAGCUGCACAGUUUGCAAAUGAGAUGAACGCUGGCUCAUUCACACCUUAAGCCUUCGCAUGUACUCAGCUACAAUCAAAAGUGGAAGACUCGAUUAUAUCCCUUUAGAAAACAAAGCUUUACUUUCCAAUGCCAAUGUAACUUUUUAAUAAGCAUCUUCUCUAUCUGUAUUCUGAGUGCAUGGCAAGGCAGAUCCUCAGCGGUUUAAAAGCUGCUCUUUUAGUGAGAAUUCAGGACAGGGAUCACCAAAUAAAAAGUUGGUAUUUCAACUUCACCUGCAUGAGCCCCAGAGGAUGAGUGUUGAUGCCUUUAAUCAUUCGCUCUUUGACAUUGACUUUGUGUGUCAGUGCUCCAACAAACAGGAGAGUUUGUGUGUGACACAGAGCCUACUGUUUGUUUGAGCUAACAGGGACGGCCAAAAUUGAAGUUUUUUUGUCUGUUUCUUUCUUUUUCACUCGACAACUUUAACAUUUAUAUGAUGUUCAAAGAUGCUGAGAGAAAGACAACAAACAGGAAGAUAAAAGAAGUCAGUGCAUCUUCCCAAAGUUGCCUGAGCUACUUUUGAGUGGUGCUUUUUGGAGACCUGUCAACAAGAUAGUCUCUUAUUUCUUUACCUGUCUUGUUUUCUUGAGUACUGUUGAAGUGAGAAAAAAAUAAAGACUUAUCAGAGGGGUUGUAAGCAUAUGCACUUUUGUUCAUGGUUUGGGUAAUCAGUAACAAUUUUAGUCUGUUUCACAAACAGCUCAAAAGUCCCCACAGUUGCUUGGAAGAGUCUUCAUAAAUAGUGUCAAAUGUCUCAUACCAUCUACAUACUCAUCAUGAAAAAGCAGACUUUCCCAACAGCAGUCCCUGCUCUUUAUUAUCCCUUUUGUUAUUGAACAUACCAGAAAAAGAAAGUAUUUAAAGAAAUAAUCAGGACCAUAGGCAGGCCAGUUAAGUACCCAGACUCUCCCACUACAGAUCCAUCCUGCUGAAAUACAUCUUUAAGGUAGUUUGGAUUUGUCUUGCUGAAAUAUGUUAGGUCUUUCCUGAAAAAGGUGCUGUCCUCUAGGCAGCUUAUGUUGCUCCAAAACCUGUAUCCAUCAUUCAGCAUUAAAGGGAUAUUCCAGCGUAAAUUAAAGUUAUGGUCAAACACACCAUAACACUGAGUUGGACACCCCCUCAAGAGAUGAAUGUUUCUGACUGCUUGUUUCUCUAGUUACACCAACUUAAGUAACAACCACAACUCACCCACUCUCCUCCAGUGGCUGCUUGUUUGUGGGGGAGCCCUGACGAGUUGAUCACCGAGUGCAGCAGAUCAUUUCCUUGAAGUAAUAAUCACCAUAUUGAUCAUUUUGCACUGCAGAUGCGGUAGUUCUUCUGCUUCAGCAUCUCAGUCUGAUUGCAUUUCCAUGAAGAAAUGAUCAUAAAUGUUCUUUCUCGAGCUGCGAAACUUCGCUGCACUCGGUGAUCGACUCGUCAGGACUUUGCCACAAACGAGGCAGCUGGAGGAGAGUAGUUGAGUUGUGUUUAGUCUCUUUGCUGAAGAAAUCAGGCAAAGCUAAAAAGAUGUUUCAUGGCUGUUACUAUGGCUGGGACCCUGUAUGUACUGUUGAUGAAGUUAGGUGCUGUUCUGAGCAUUAUUUGUGGCUAUAGAGUGGCAGUUUGGUUGAGGUUUGUGUGGUCGUUACUAAAGUUGGUCUAACUAGAGAAGCAAGCAGUCUGCAACAUUCAUCUCUCGACGGGGUGUCUUAACUGUGUGUUACGGUGUGUUUGACAAUAUUACACCGGAAUAUCCCCUUUAUGGUUUCCACCCCCAGACCACCAGCAAUGCUAGCCUUUGAAUUGUGCAACUGAUAUCAAGCCAGGUAGUCCCUGUCCCCUUAAGAACUGAAGAUACAGAGUCCAUGACUCCUAAAAAGACCCCAUGUUUUCAUUCAACAGGCCAUAGGUCAGCUUUCCGCUUCACCUUUGCUUUGCAUGGUUCAGUUUCUUGCCUGUGUUUAUGGAUACAGUAACAGAAGCCCUUCAUUCUUAAUAAUAUUGUUCUUUGUUCAGUAAUUCUUGUAUAAUACUAACCCAGCUUUAAUGACUGAAUAUAUCUAACUCCAGGACCUUCAAGCUCAGGACCGGGCUCAUCGCAUUGGUCAGCAGAAUGAGGUGCGUGUGCUCCGUCUCUGCACUGUCAACAGCGUGGAGGAGAAAAUCUUGGCGGCUGCCAAAUACAAACUAAAUGUGGAUCAGAAGGUCAUCCAGGCGGGCAUGUUUGACCAAAAGUCCUCCAGCCAUGAGCGUCGGGUCUUCCUGCAGGCCAUCCUGGAGCACGAGGAGCAGAAUGAGGUACUGUUGUUUAUCAUCUGGGGACUAAGGUUAGGUAUUUGUGUUUCAUUGCAGGUUUUUAUAUGAAUAUGGGAGUCUUUAAGUGGAUUUUGUUGCUCCAGUUGAUGUCAGUGUGCUGGUUGUGAUUCAGUUACUUCAGAGCUAGAGGCUCCCCUACGAUCAUAGUGCACUUGUCUCACAUAGCUUUUGACGUUUCAGAUUUAAGUGUUUGAUUAAACCUGUGUGCACAAUAACUUGAUUUGAAUGAAGCAUCUGUGGUUUCCUUUUGCUAAAUCUAGUAAAACGAUUUUCAAGUCUGAAGGAGAUUGUUGAUGAUUUCCAAAUGCAAUUGCAGGAAGAAGACGAAGUACCUGAUGACGAGACCUUAAACCAGAUGAUAGCCCGCAACGAAGAUGAAUUUGAGCUCUUCAUGGUGAGAAAAACACAUAAAAGGAGUUUAAAAAGAACAAUUUUUAUCACUGUUAAAAACUUUGUGUGUGGUACAGCAUAAAGAAACUGAUUUUGCUAAAUUCUUGCUCUGCAGCGUAUGGAUAUGGACCGCCGCCGGGAGCACGCAAGGAACCCGAAGCGUAAGCCUCGUCUCAUGGAGGAGGACGAGUUGCCUUCUUGGAUCAUCAAGGAUGACGCUGAGGUGGAACGGCUCACAUAUGAAGAGGAGGAGGAGAAGAUGUUCGGGCGAGGGUCACGCUGUCGUCGUGAUGUGGACUACAGUGAUGCACUCACUGAGAAACAAUGGCUCCGGGUAAUGUAUUCAAGUUGUUGUGGCCUUCACCGUGAAUGUACAUGUAAAACAUUUGAAAGGAAAUGCAACCACCAAACAGAAAUCCCUCAGUACACACACACACACAAACAAACAGCGGAAUGGAAAACCUUUUUUUCUCCUCUUCUUGUGAACCCAGCUCUCCAGCUGUUAAUUACAGCAAUCCAGAGUAAUUUACCGUCUGAUUUGAAUAGCACGACGUCGUUCUCUGUAAUUAAAAAUAUGAUACAUUUUUCCAGCUCUACAACUUUGAGAAUGAAAAACUUGUUUUGUUAUCCAGAGUACUGAUACGGUCUUUGUAGUUUAAUGUCUUGGUUUUGUUUAGUCUCACAAAGACAAGAUGAAAAAAUAAAAGACCCCUAAUUCUGGAAAGAAUAAAGGAUUGUUCAUGUAUCCAUAUUCGGUCCACUCAGCAUAAAAUCUGUGGAAUAAUUGGCACUCAGGCAGUCUGUUUUUAGGGGGCUUCCUGAAGGGAAAGGGUCAGUGUUUCUGCACCAGCACAGCAAUAUACAGUUUCUAUUAGGAUGUGUAGCUCUCGCUAAGAUACUGUCAUUCAUACGUGCUCUGUUUGUUGUGGUCCCACUCACUAAACAGUCUGUGCGGCGCACGUUAAGGUUCCGGUAAAGUGUUUUUUUGUUCUGGCCUUGUAGCACCAAUGUUAUUAUUUAUUUGUUUAUUUAUUUUAAGCAUUGAUGUUCAUUAAUCGAUGUUGAAUCGUCACCUGAAGCAUCACGAUGCAUUGACACAUCGAUGAAUUGCACCCACCUCUAGUACAUCGCAGCCCACUUUUUAGAUAAGAAAGUUAUCAGAAGUUUUUAUUAUACACUGAAUCUCACAGCCCCACCUCCUUGUCUCAGUCAAAGCCCAAUGGAUCAAAAGUUACAACUCUUCAAAAACAAAGUUCAGCGUUUUCAUAUAACAGCUGCUCACUGCAGUUUUUUAUGAAAUGUUGCUCAAACUAAAGCAAUCAAUCAUUCUUGACUGGAUUUAAUACAAAGAUUAUCUCAGACUGAUGCUUACAGCAGCAGACACACGCAGACAGACAUGUCACCUGGGUAGAUCUAUUUUAUUGACUGGAGCUGAGGUGAUGUGGGGAAACAAGAACAGAACAAAGGAGCUUGGAGACCAAGGAGACACAGUGUUUACAUUAUGAACUGCAGUUACUCUGAGAGUUUCUAAUUAAAAAUGUAUUAUUAUUAUUAUAAAGAGACUUUUUUUUGCACAGCGCAAGAAAUUGAAAAUAAUCUAAGGAGACUAUCAAAAGAAACUUGUCAGUGAAAGUACCUGCUGCUGCUGCUGCUGUUGUUGUUGUUGUUGCCAUCUCAUCACCUUGAGAAUUGUAAAUGUGAUGACACAGAUAGUUUGUGAAAAAUGUGCGUUUAUCGAAAAAGACUUGAUAUUUGAAGCCGUAAAGUGAUUAAGGACAGAUCGUAACUUCUACUUCUUCUUCAUCAGGCUAUUGAGGACGGGAACCUGGAGGAGAUGGAGGAGGAGAUCCGGCUGAAAAAGCGCAAACGUAAAAGACGUCAAGACAAAGACUCAUCCAGCAGAGACGAGGGAAGCUCCAAGGCCAAAAAGAGACGCGGACGUCCUCCAGCUGAGAAACUCUCCCCCAACCCCCCCAGACUCACCAAGCAGAUGAACACCAUCAUCGAUACAGUCAUCAACUACAGAGACGGGUAAGGAGGUUUGAUUUACUCUGUCAACUAAAAUGACACGUAGAUCUGGAUGAAUUUAGUCCACACCAGGUAAGAUCAUUGGUUCAGAUGAUGGUGCUGAUCGGGAAAACUGGACACUUUGCUGUUAUGGCAAAGUGUUGCAUAUGUCCCCCAAUGACCCUCACUCAGCACAUCAGCCUGUUUUAGAAACUUAGGUUGCUCAACUUUUGGAAAAAUACUGUCGUUCUCCAGCAGGUAAAAGCUCUAAUGACCACUCACAUGAGGCUGUGGUGUGCUGCUUUUUUUGUGCACCUUUAUAAGAAUGUUCUCUGUGGACAGAAAAAGCACCUCUGUGUGUGAGACUCUGCUUUGAUUAUCCAAUAAAAAGUACAGACCUCUCCCUGGAACAGACCUGAGGUCAUGUCUUGAAAUAAAACCGUGAAAAAAAAAAUCCUCCUUGUAUUGCUGACGUCAAGUGGUCAGCGUGUGUAAUUCAGCUGGAUGUGUGUAUUUUUUCUCUUUUGUCUAAGUGUAAAGUCUUGUGUGUGUCCGUGUGUGUUCAUCCCGCUCAUUUGCACCCGUGCAUGAAGAAACAUGUGCGUUUAUGUUCCUUCUACUAAACUAUGCGUUGGCUGACUACUGUGUCGCAGUCUGUCCAGGAAAGUGCAACCUGCCUUUCCAGGGAAAAAUUCUUUCCUCUCCUGGUUGAUGGUCGUUCAUCCCAGAGCAUCUCAAUCAAACCUCUGGCACUCCUCUCACUGACGGAGAGGGAGACAGAAUCUGGAGUUUUUAAUUCCAGGAGGACUUUUAAGUAUCCCCAUUACAAAAGAAUCUUUAACCUCAAAACUGCAUGAAGUCGAACAUGAGUACGGCCUUUAUUUCUGUCAUACAACAGAUUGAUGUCUAACUGCCGAGAUCUCUCAUAUAAAGAAGCUUAUCUCUUUAAUUAUCAAGCACAGAUGCUGUGAAAUCUUCAGUUAUUUCAUUGUCUUAUCACACCAAGCUAUCAGGAGCUGUACUAAGUCGAAAACCCCAUGUUCACGUCUCUGUUCAUUCCAGUGGUUUUCAUGCAAGUCAGCCGUUUAGUCUGUUCCCAGAGGCCCCUGUUCCCAUAACGAGGGGCUGAGAGGAAUCAUACAUCAAAUAUGUAAAAUCCCAUUUUGAACAUACCAUCCACUUCUGUGGUUUCAGCCACAGUCUGCUCAGUGGAUCUGAGCUCAACAUGUGCAGAUCUCAGCCUCCACCCUGGAGUGUUGAUCGUACAAUACUGAGGUACUUCUAAAUCAAGAGGAACUGCUGAGCUUUAUGAUCUUUGGCAGGUAGUUUAACCUUCAGGCUCAUUGUUGAGUUUGAAUUUGGAUACAGAGGAAAGUACUUUGCUCUGUAUCCUGUCAAAGAAGAGGAGAUUUUAGAUUCAUUCGAAUAUAACUGAGGUGAAAACAUGUGGAGUCAACCUCUGUAGUCAGUGUACAACACCACCGGGAGGCUUUACAAUUUAAUUCGGUGUCUGAGAAACAGCAUCCUUCAUUUUGGCUCUCGCCUCCUGCCACAUCCACACACCAACAAAGAAAACAAAAGAAAGAAAACAGAAGAAGAAGAGGAGGAGAGAAAAUAGAGCUCCGAACAGAUGCAAGAAAGAGGACAGGGAAAAAGUGCGGGGCCUUUGUCUCGCAAAGUUUUAGAUCCUCACAAUCAAGCAGUUGAUAAAAGUUUUACACUUGAGGAUAAAUAGUGCAGAAAAUUAAUCUGCAACAACUCUUCUACAUCACUGUGAAUGUGUCUGUCAACCUCUCGAUCAAUCCUCUUUUUCUUUCAUCCCUGUUGCUGAUCAAGUUUCAGCAGCUUCAUAAUAUCACUCUGAAAGGAUGACAAGCUUUCGAGCUGAUUGUAAGCCUUGUUUCAUUGCUGUUUAUCCCAAGCUUUUGAUCUACUCAGAAUUGUUCUUUCCAGAGUUUGAUGUUUUCUCAGCAAUCUUGUUUAAGUAAGCUAUCAAAAAAGUUGAGGUUUAGUUAAGUAACUUUUUUUUUCUGGCUUUCUCAGAGAAAAACAAUUACCCUGAAACUUUAUUUCCUUUUCUCUGUGUGUUCAGAGUGAAAACUUUUUCUCCUCAGGAUAGAAACAGCAACCUCUGCUCCUCUGUUUCUUAUUAAUUGAUGGAAGGUCUAAACAGGGCGGCCAAGAUGCAGUAAACCAGUCUUUAAACUGAACUUUUAUGCACAAAAGGAUCUCUGAAGUAGAUGCUAAUGAAGUCUCCAAACACAACAGUGAGACAUACAUGUUAUCAGAGUUCAACCUCUGAUGCAGUUCUCAUGCUUUAAUAGCUGAGGAGGCGUUUGUGUCUGCACAAAAAAAGUAAUGCUUGUGAGAACUUAUUAAUAUUACUGACAUGAGUCUCAAAGUGUUUACAAGGUUGAUUUUAAAACCUUAAUUGAACUCUCUUCGUUACUCCCCACAUUUUUCAACUCUUGGGAAUUUAGGUAGGGGCAACACUGCAGUUAUUUCAGUCAAUAUUCAUCCAUAUUCAUCGGUGUAGCAGGAAGGAGGAAUCAAGGACAGUCUGGCGUCUCAAUUUCCAGAUAAAGUCAGCUGAUUCUGAUUCUGAAGGGUGGAGUGCUGCAUACUGCGUCUGAAGAACCUCAGAGUAGAUAUCUCAUCUAACAUGUAAAUGCCGCAGAUAAACUCUAAGGGGCCAAGUUGUGAAAUAAACUCUGGAUGUGACCCUCCACUAACAGGUGUUUCAAAGCAUGGAGACUAGACAUCAUUGUACCGCCCAAAGGAAAAAACUCAAACAGUCAUAAAAUCUCAUGUCUGAUGUUGUUGAACAUACACUGCAGUAGCUCAGGAUUGUUUUAUUCAGCAUCUUUGUCAUAUAUCAUUUCUCAUAUAUAAUCUUUGUCACAUUAACUUCAUAGUUCCUCCAGUUUUUAUCCUUCCCCCUUAUUGCGAUUCUCUUCGCGUUCUGAGCUGCUUGUUGUUAGUUGGUUUCACUCUCACAGCUUGGCCCCAAGCAUCAACACUGUCUUCUUGAUUUUUCUUAAUUAUUUGUGUUUCUAAAUUCGAUAAUAAAAGUCAAAGUGCAAUUAAUACAGCAAAGGAAAGUCUGGGACUUGAGAAGAAUAAAACAUGAGUCAGAGCAGAGGACUCAUUCUUAUGUUGUCUCGACUUUCAGUCUGCCUCACACUGUGUUUCUAUAGUUAUAUGUUGAAGCAAGAUUGAUUUUUUUUUGUCCUUGAUGGUGAAAAUCAAAGCUACACUGCUGGCUAACAAUACUCGACAAUGGAGGAAAGAAAGGCGUUUUACAUUUUCCAUCCAGAUUGUGUCAAUAAGUAUCAGCAGCACCGAAUACAUUCAAGAAUCUUCACUGUUUCACUUUAUCAAGUUAUCCUCUCUGUGAAGCCAAAACAUAACCUCAAACUUUUGUCUGUGACUUUAGAGGCUGAUAUUUAAGAAUUAAAAACAUAAGAAGUUCAGAAAAACUGGACUCAAAGCCUGCAGAGUGAUGAACUGUAAGUAAAGAUGGUAGCAGUGUUGUUUUCUUUGAUGACGUUGACAAAAAGCUACACUGUCAGUGAAAACAACACUAGUGUGUGUGUGCGUGUGUGUUGGAGGAGCACAGCAGGCUGUUUUACAUUUUCCAUCAAGACUGUGUCAAUAAGUAUGAGCAGCACCGAAUACAUUCAAGAAUCUUCACCGUUACACUUCAUCAAGUUACCCUCUCUGUGAAGCCAAAACAUAACCUCAAACUUUUGUCUGUAACUUUAGAGGCUGAUAUUUAAGAAUUAAAAACAUAAGAAGUUUAGAAAAACUGGACUCAAAGCCUGCAGAGUGAUGAACUGUAAGUAAAGAUGGUAGGUUUUCUAAUGUGAAAUCAUUUUUGUGUCACAGGUCAGGAAGACAGCUGAGUGAGGUCUUUGUGCAGUUACCAUCCAGAAAAGAGCUCCCAGAGUAUUAUGAACUCAUCAGGAAACCCGUGGACUUCAAAAAGAUCAAGGUUCGUCCAAACCGAGGAGUCAGCAGUAAUGAAUGAACAUAAACUUUUUUUUUUUUUUGGAGGUUUGUUUAUUGUUGGUAUGUUGGUCUGAAAAUUGGAUUAACAGUUAUUUCCUACUUUCUAACAUUUCAUGGAUUGAUCAAUUAAUGGAUAAGUCAAGAAAGUAAUCUGGUUUAUUGAAUAACAGUAAUCUGCCUCAGUGAGUUCAUGACAAAUAUCUUUUCAAAUCAAGUAUUUUAAACCUUUUUAUAAGUUAAAUUCUCGAAGCACACGAUUAAAAAACAUUUAAUAAUUCUAAUAUGAGUGUGAAUCAUGUUUUUGCUGUUUCCCUCGUUCUAGGAGCGUGUGAGGAAUCAUAAAUACAGGAACGUCGGGGACCUGGAGAAGGAUGUGAUGCUGCUUUGUCACAACGCCCAGACCUUCAACCUCGAGGGAUCCCAGGUCAGAAACCGCCCUGUUUUAAAACUGGAUUUUCCUUUGAACGUGUCUUUGUUUUCACCUCGAGGUACUGACCAAAGAUGUAAUUGCAAACAAGGCCUCUUUUUUUAGCCUCCUCAGUAUUCCUGAGAUUUUUACUUCCAUGUCGUCAGUCUGCAGCCCUCUACCCAACAGAUUUACUCUUGUCCCGUUUGUCCCUCCAUCAGUACUAAAUCUUUCCCCUCUGCUGCAGUCUCACAGGCCCUUGUCUCUCGUACUUCCUGCGCUGUGUGUCAUUCAGACUGUUUAAGGAGCUGUUCGUGCCAUCUGUGUGUUUUUCGUCCUCCCCUGUAGAUAUACGAGGACUCCAUUGUCCUACAGUCCGUAUUCAAGAGUGCCAGGCAGAAGAUCGCCAAAGACGAAGAGAGCGAGGACGACAGCGAUGAGGACGAGGAUGAGGAUGAUGAGUCUGAGUCAGAGGGUAUGACAAACCACCUCAAGGGCAUCCAUACAAAAAAACAACACUCAGCACCCACACAUGUUGGUUUUGCUUUGAAUUGAAUAGAAACAUCGUAUUUUGAGCAGAUCGGAGUACUUCUGCACAUAAAGGUUUAUUUUUCUACUAUUAUUCUUUUAGUUUAAAGAUUAAAGUGAAGGAUCCUGUUCUUUUCUCUGUAAUAGUAGUUUUGUCAUGCUUUAAGGCCUAUGUGCCCUGACUGGGUAAGUUAGCUGAAGAGAGACAGGAAAUAUGGGGAGUAGAGAGUGGGGGCAGACAUGCAGCAAGGGGUCAUGGCCAGGAGUUGAACCAGCAGCACAUGAGAUAUAUUUAUACACCUAAGCCACCAGUGCUCCAUAAUACUGAGUUUAAAUUAAUGGGGGGAAAAAGGAGCAGUGACACUUUUCUUUUUUUUUUUUUUUUCCUUUUUUUAGUCAGCAUGCAAACAUAAACAUAAAUAUUUCCUCCACGCUCAACUGGAUAUCGAAAGAAAAAAAAAGUAUACAAACAAAAAAUUAAACAAGAACAAGCCAAAACAGGGAGGUAAUAACAAAAAAGAGGGGUUAAGUAUACUAGAUAGCUAUACAAACAGGCACAUGUAGAGGGCGAAAACAUUACACCUUGACCAGAGACAUUGUAAAAAAGAGAAUAAAAAUGUAGGGGAAAGGAAAAAGAAAUGGGUAAAGAAGAGAAAGCCCUCUUUAGAUCUCGUCUUUGGGGGUUGGAGGACAUCAUUCAUAUUGAAUGCUGCCAUGUAAUCACUCUUCUCUCUGGAAGACCAGAUUAGUAUUGUUUAUUUUCUGACGGAGCACUGACCACUUCUUGUGUCAGACUUGUUUUGUUUGAGAUUGAAUCACUCCUGCUCGUCUCCUUUCUCCUCCAGCCAAGUCAGUAUGGGUUAAGAUCAAGCUGAGUAAGGAGGGACGCAGCAGCGACAAAGGGAAGAAGAGGCAGAGCCGAGGGAAAGCCAAGCCGGUGGUCAGUGACGACGACAGUGACGAAGACCAGGAUGACAAUGUAGGUCAUUUCACUUCACUGCAUCGUCACCAUAGCGUUCAACCAAAAUAACUUGUCUCUGAAAAGUGAGUCUCCCGUGUUUGUCUGUUUCCAACUCAGCAGGUUCACUCCCAUAAAUGAGAUAAUGGAGACAUGAGUGAAAUGAAUUUUUAAAGGGAAGUGCUGAAAACAACAGCUGUAGAAAUAAUUUAAAACAUUAAGAAGUGUUUAAAAGCCUUCAUUUGACACCUCUGGUCUUGUUCUUAGUUCUGAAAAUAUUAAGUGCUGCUUGCUUUCUUCCAGCUGUCUCACCAGCAGCUGAAUCACACUCUUAGGAUGGAGAGCAAAGGCAUUUCAGUGCUGUGAAGUAGUUGGUUGUGUAUCCGUGGUCAUAUACUCCCAGCAUAAUUUUACCUUUUUAGCUACAGCUGUGGCCAAAAAAGAGUCUAUAAAUGAUACUAAUUGAGUCUUUUUGGUUCAUAAAAGAGCUGAAGUCCUCCCAAAGUUUAAAGGCCUAUCAGGAAGUUUUGUUAGAGAUGUUUUAUUUAUUUAUUUUAUAUCUUGUCAAACAGAUGAGGGGGAUAAUGUCUCUACUACACCAUAAUCUAUUGAAUUUCAGCGCCUGAAUACUGAUGAAGUGUUUUCAGUCCAGUCUUGUUUUCAAUGAUCUCUUUGAACACCUGGACUGCAAAUUAUUGUACAGUGAAUGUAGGAAUUGGCAUUUCAAGAAUGUCGCUCGAUCGAUAAAUCAUGUAAAUUCAUGAUCAAUCAUCGAUUUGAUAAUUUUUUAUACAAAUGGCAGAAUAUGCAAAAAAACGUGUUUUUCCUCACCCCCCCCAGCCCCACAUUGUUGUUUAGGACUGCGCGCUACAUGCUCACUUGCGCUUCCUACUGGCCCGGCUACAGUAAAAACUGUCGUUUUUUUUUUUUUUCAUUUGUGAAAGUCAGGGACAUUUCCGGGGACAACUUCAGCUGUGGACAGGUCAUCCAAAACAGGGACUGUCCUCCAAAAUUGGAGGUGUCUGGUCACCCUACCGGUCCUCCUUGUUAGCAAGGAGCUGAUGCUAGGUUGAGACUCGGAAGAUUCAAUAACCUCAGUCAUUAAUGUGGUUCAAGUGCAUCAUUGGGGUCGUUGUCAUGUUUUACUUGCAGCAAACCUCAUAAUUUUUCUGCUCGAAAUGGUCCCAAACCACACUUUGUCUCGCUUUCUUCACUUUUUUUGCGACUUCUAUGGAAGCUCGCUGACGCUGUAUCACCCCCCUUGUAAUAUCCUUCUGCACGGUGAUAGUCAACACCGCUGUCAGCCCUUUUUAAUAACGUUAGAUCGAUCAAAAUUUUGCAUGAUUGACGUAAUUCUUAACGAUCAAUUAAUCGAUCACCGAUUAAUUGUACCCACUCCUAAUUGAAUGUAAUGUCAGCCUGAUGUAGGUCUAUCACUACAAUGUCUUAAUAACUGUCCACAAGCAGGUUAGUCUGUGGAUUUAAGCAAUCACUUAUUUGGCCUUUAAGAGCCACCAUAGUUUUGACUGUUUGCGUGUUUGUUGAGCACUUGUUCAUCCAAGCUUCUAUCUUCCAGCUCAUUGAGCUAACAGAGGUGUCUGUUGCUCCUUCCUGCCGUAAUUACAGGUUUUUUUUUCCUCUGGUGAGGCAGCGUUUGUUUUCAAUCACAGGUGCUGAGUGUCUUCCAUCAGAGACACAGAUUCUUCUGAGGAUAUAUUGAUUACAAGGUUCUCGGGUUCAAAUUGGAUUCUCAAUGGGUGCUUCAGUUUCAUCCUCUUUAUGUGUGAGUAGAAGGUCACAAAUGUGCCUUUAUAGAAAAAACAGGGACACCAAGAUAUAUAUAUAUAUAUAGGACCAUGUCCUCAAAUGUCUGCUAGAUCUAGGUCACUUUUAUGUAAAAGAAAAAACUCUGUGACACUUUCAUGAAGCAGAUAUACGUCUCAGAAUAAGUACAAUACAAAGUAAGGAUUUUUUUCUCUGAAAAUCAAUUCAAGUUAAUCUUUUCUAAAUUUAAAUACCCUUAAAAAAUUGAAGACUUUAAUUAUAUGUGACCGGUUUGACCCUUUGAGAAUCAAGGAAGAAAAAAAGCUUUAUUACUGUGGUAGCAGGAAGUAUGGUGACUGAUCUCACUGGGCUAAAAACAGACUCUUUCUUUAUAGACAGUGGUCUAUUUCUGCAGAUAUGAAUGAAGCUCUGCGCUCAGCUUCUUCAUAAAAGAAUAAAACUCCUCAGAUUUAUGGCGUAAUUAUAGAUCAUCAACCAAUUCUGAGCAGUCCACCAUCCGCUCAGCAGUGCUGCUCUGCCUCCAGAGUUCAGGAGCUGUGUGGAGCGCUUACAGUUUACUCGAAGCUUUAGGAGAGCUCUGUUUAAUAUUGUUUAACUGAGAUUUCACUCAAAUCCCUCACUGCUUCUUCUCUAAAAGCUUCUUUCUGUCUCUGACGUGCAUUGAUGUUGAUAGCUUUUUAAUGUAGUGAGUCCCUGGAACCCCCAGAUGGUGAUUUAAGCGGGUCCCUAGGACUCACUACGUUACUUAAUGGACCCCUAAUAUAAUUUCUGUUUCUUAAGAUGAUUCAAUAAACAUGAUUAGACAGUAAAUAACUAGAUAAACAUAAUCAGGUUAGUGUGUUGAGUCCCAAAAUCAUGAUGUGCCUUUAAGCCUUUAUACAGUUAACCUGUGAGUAAAACUUUAAUUUGAAUAAUUCUUCAUUUUCUCUGCAGUAACUUGACUACGCAGUCCCACCAAGACAUUCUCCAUUUCUCUUUUAAGGCUGGCUUUUUUUUCCUCUGAUUGCUUCCCAGAACAAAAUAUCUGCAUUUAGCUUGGUAUUCACAGUCCAGUAUAUAUUGAUAUUUAAACCACACAAGUCAAGAUGGGUCUUAGUGUCAUUUUAAACCCUAAAGGGACCUGAAAAGAUUUCUUCUCUUUCAAUUCAGGCCAAUAUUCAGAGGAUAGAAACCCACAGAGGUGAGGAGCUGCAGUUUGAGCUCGAACUGUUGUGUUUAAAGGAUCACUGAGGGUUUUUGGUCCCAUGCAUGUUGGCAGUGGUCCUGAUCUGCAGAGUGCUGGAGGUUCAGUGGUAUUAGGUAAUGGUAGUCCUUUUCUAUCAUUUCAAUGGUAGGAAGGACUACUUUUCAGAUUUGUUUUGGAUUAAAAAUAGUAAUAACCUGUGGGAUAAAUGUGAUGUGAAGAACAGCAGCUGGACAGAAACUGAGUUGUAGCUUAUACUGUUAAGUACCCUGGUAUUUUUGUUUGACUUUCAUACUUAGGGUAGGGUUGGGUAUCGAGAAUCGAGUAUUGAUGGGGAUCGGGACUAACAUUUCGAUUCUCCCGGUAUCGUUCAAAUUUUAAAAUUUCGAUUCCAAGUUUCGAUGCCGGAGUCUGCCGACUGGAAGAAAUAGCCGCCGAACACCAACGAAGAAGAAGCCGCCGAACACCAACGAGGAUGGAGCAUAUGAGACGAAGCCACAGAGAGAGAGAGAGAGAGAGAGAGAGAGAGAGAGAGUGCAUUGCAACCCACAAAUGCAGCUGCUGAGGGUUGUAAUGCACUCUCUCUCUCUCGUUGGUGUUCGGCAGCUUCUUCUUCGUUGGUCACAAGUUUGGCUAACUUUAGCAGGAAGAAUGAACUCUUAUCUCAACAUUAGCAAUACAGUUAUAUCAUGCAAAGGAGGGUAAACGACCAACAUGAUUGAACACCUCAGGAUUCAUGGAGGAGAAAUACCCGAGUGCUCGUCUCCUGCCGGGAGCGCGAUUGAAAGUAUUUAACAAGGCGAAACAAUCCAAGUUUUCCUUACCGUUGAACGGAAUCUAAAGCGUGUGACUUUAAUGAUUUCAUUCAGGCUAUUCAGAUAUGCCGAAAACAAUAGCCCUCUGAUUCGGAAUAUUUACUGUCCUGAAAAUAUUAUGUUCUCUACAUUAACAGCUAACUGUACAGUUUAUAUACCCAAGAACACCUUUAUGUGUGCAUUUUUGAGACACAUAAAAACAAAACGAAAGUUUACUGCUCCAUUUGACACGUUGUCAUGAUCUAAUACUCGUGUUUUUUUAAAUAUGAGAUCAUAUUUCUUCCACUUUAAGAAGCUAAUCAGUGGAGGGGAGACAUUCUACGGCAGGGAUGCAUUCUACGGCACAACACCUGUCUUUCGCUAACCAGUCAGGAUCAGAUAAAUGAAACAAUAAAUGACUUCUGUCCUCUGCUAACAUUGAAGCGUCAAACAAAUUGUACUGUGUACAGUGAGUAAACUUAAAUAUCCAACUAACGUUAGCCCUUGUGCUUUUUCAUAGACAAACGACCUGACAACAGAAAUUGAUGUUUAUAUACUGGUUGCAAAUAGCCCUGUGAGAAAUUCAUAGUAAAGUUUUUAAAAAGUAAAUAUAAUUUAAAAAUUUGUGAAGCAGUUCGGAAAUUUUAUCCAAAAAGAAGAACUCCGGUUAGCACCCUCAUUUAAACCAUGCUUUUUUUAAAUAUCCUGCCUUUUAAAAGAAUUGAAAUAGAGCAUCAAUGGGAAUUGGAAUUGAUACGAGGAAUCAAAAUCGGAAUCGUUCAAAAUCAAACGAUACCCAACCCUAUUCAUAUUGUUACUAUGCUGAACAAAAACCUUACCCUGUUACCAUGAAAGAGUACACCUGACCCCUCACAGUGGUUUCAAGCAUCAAAAGUUGAAACAGAAGGAUUUUCCGCCUUGUUGUCGUUAGUUUCAGUUUCAGCCUGUUUCUUAUUCACCUCUAUUCAAGCUGUGAUGAACAAUGUAACUGCAGUCUGUAAAUGUACUCCUAUGUUACAAUACUAAUCUAAUUUAGGAGACACUUGAGCGACAUGCAUCUGAGACUAAGUACAGCACGUCCCCCCUAACGAGCCUCUUUCCCAGAAAAGGACUUGAUAAAAGGAAAGGAUGUGAAGAUUCAGUCCUGGCGUCACCUCCAGGCUCCUCUUCAUUCUCUCUUAUUUCACGGUGUUGAUGUAUUCAUCUUGCAGUGACCUUACACCACUUCUUGUUGAUGCUCUGUACAGACAAUAAACCUUCAUCACACAGCGCUCUUCCUCCCUCCUUUGUCUGCCUUUAAAUCUCCCCCUCUCAUCACACUCUUCAUCUCUCUCUUUGUCCCUCUGCAGGAUCAGUCGGACAAGAGUGACGACGAUUGAGGACGUGAGGAUAUUGUUUAUAGCACUUAUAAACAAAAGGACGAUUUCUUCCAUAACUGUCUCUUCAGGUUUUCAAUUCUGUACUUUUUCAUUCGUCCUCUGUGUCGGUCCGUGUUGUGUUUUGUUGCACAUUCACCUACCAGCUUGGAAAUGUAUUACUAAUAUCAAUAAGCUACAGCAAUAUCAAUCAGCUUAUAUUCCUGUUUUUAAGACAAUUUUGUAGUAUAUUUUUUAACUCUGUGCUUUAAAGAUUUAUGGUAAAAAAAAAAUUGAUGAAAAAAAGAUGUGGUCAUGCCAUAUACGCUUUUGCUCUCUUUGUACUCGCUUGCUUGCACUUUUAGACGACUAAAUAUCACAAUCCAGAAAACAAAAAUGUCGGUGUAUGUAACCAGCCAAGGAUAUCCAGGUUCAUUUGGAGAGCCGCUGGUGAUUAGAGCAAAGGCAAUCAAAAUUUGAUUUUGGAUCAAGUGUUUGACCUUGUUUAGUGCCAAAUAUUGAAACAUGAAGCAACUGAUUCUUUGUGAAAGCCCGCCCCCAACUAACAACUGCCCAGUCAAAGCUUAGCAACUCUAAACUACAGGUGUUGUAGUGGAUGUAGUUAGAUGGUGGGUUCUUUUGACAAAUGGAGAGUUAAAACGGUUACACUGCCAUCUAUUAAACAUGAAGUGCAAAUUUUUGUUUUCUUGACUAAAAUAAAGACGUAUUAGUUCACUAUCGUCACUCGCUUCUAUCAAAACCUCCAAUCAAUUCAACAUUUCCUCCUAAAGUAGUAUCAUUUCAAGGCUAAGAAGCUGUGUCUAAAGGGUUUUUGGGGGUUCCUGCUUGCAUUUCUACCGCCCAGUUUCAAACUGGAACAUUGACUGUGAACUAUUUCCUCACUGACUGCAAAUUGUUCCCAGAAACUACCUGAGGCAUGCUGAUACUCAGAGCUCUGUCUUUUCAGGUUUUCAGUCACUUAAGAAAAAUCUGGCAGCUUCGAUUUGUGGACCUGUGCAGGUUUCUUUUUUGUUACAGUUUAAAGAAAACACAAUUGAAUUGAUCUGAUACAAGUGCCAAAUUCAGGCAGUUUUUCUGUUUGGUAAGUACAUCUGUGAAAGCUAAGUGUAGAUAACAGGUACAUUUUUGAGCCAGUGGUCACAUAGUUCAAAUAAAGUUUACCUGUUUUUUUUUCCUGUGGCUGCAGUUCCUCUCCUGCUGUCUGCAUGUCGGAGCUCUUGGAUGAAAUUCAAAAAUUCGAAAAUUGUUCUGUACCGAACCCGUCACUCUUAGUUUAAGAAGAUCAUUUUAUAGAGGGCUUGAUAGACAUGGCAACAGUAACCAAGGGGCGUGGCUUAGCAAACAGUCAAUGAUGAAACAAGAUUUUCAGUGUUUGCUAUUUCUAAACUAAAUUUAUACUGCCAGCACAACAACAUGUGGUUUAUUUCUCUCUGACUUCUUAACUCAUUUAAUGCUCAGUGCUUUUUAGAAACAGCUUUUCUUCAAAUGUUAUGUAACCUUGCUUUAGGUGGGCAGCACAUCAUUUAGAUAAGUCCCUGUGUUUCAUGUAUCGUCUCUUGUAUUACUCUGGAGCUGUUGUUUAUCACGGCAGCACCCCUUAUUUUGUUGUGACAAUUUUCCUCGCUUAAAAAGAAGUGUUGGGUUUAUUUUUAAGAUUGAGAGACUGGCCUUCAGACCAAACCCUCUCCUUUUAGGUAGCAGGUAAAUGGGAAACAAUGAUCUUAUUGAAUUCAACCAGCUUCUUUAGUAGCAGUACAUGUAGCUUUCUCGAACGUCUGAGGCAGACGGCAACAUCUGAUUUGGUUGCAGCAACUCGAAUGUAAAGAUCAAAGUUUGGGCUUGAACUUUUCAGACUUUUAAAGAUGGGAAACAAUGACAAAUAUACAAAAAAAGAAAACAGUGUUAUGAGAUUAAAAAAAAGAAAACUUUGAUUUGAUUAUAUAGAAAACAAUGGUAUAUUUUAAACUUUGUAUUCAUUUACACAUUUGGAUUGAGGUGUUUGUGUUUCUGUAUUAGCCCUGAUUUUAUUGAUUUCUAUGUUGUUUGUAGCAUGCACUCUUUUGGCAAUAUACUGUGUACAUGCAGAUAUAUCUUUUCUGUUCGUGUAAUAUGUGCUUGCCGACUCUCCAUAAGUGUGACUUAAUCUUUGCUUUCUUUGCACAGUGUCUUUGUGGUUGUAUUUCAUAGCCCAGGGAUAAUAAAAUCUCACUGAUUUUCAGCACAAAUAUGUCUCGUUUUUUAAUAUUUUUUUCCGUCCCUCCAAAUAUUGCUACCAUCUGUCACUAUCUGUCGAAGAUGUGCCAGCGAAAGAAGUCAAGAAUGUCUCCUCAG